AAUGGAGGAGGGGCCCCGCCCCGCCGUGGAGCGAGAGUUGCCGACUGAGGCCUCCGCCUCCUCCCUCCCUCUCCUUUGCCGCCGCCGCCGCUCCUGGGAGUCCGAGAAGGCGGGGUGGUUGGCUGGUUGGGGGGGGAGGGAAGAGGGGAGAAGCUUCCGCCGGGAGGGAGGCGAGGCAGGCCGGCUGGCCGGCCGGUGAAGUAGCAGCGGCAGCCCCGGGGAAGAAGAGGAAGGGGGAGCCACCGUCCCCGCCGUGGGAGGCUGAGACUCUCCGGCCUGGCGGGCCCCCAGCCGCCCACCCAGCCGGCCAUGCCGAAUAAAAACAAGAAGGAGAAAGUGAGCCAGGUCAGGCCUGAGGAGGAGGCGCGAGCUGGAGGAGGUCCUGGGAGAGGAGCAGGCCCCGGGGAGGGUGUCGCUGGCGGGGUGCAGGCAGGCCUGCGGGGGAAGCUGGAGUUUGGGAGGUGGGAAAGGGGGUUAUGGGGGUCCGGGGGGGGCUCGCUAGUACUAGCAGGGCUUCGGGGAGGGUGGUCUGAAAAGCCACACAAGGUGUACCUCCUGAGAGCAGCUGCUGCUUCUUCCCUGAAGAUUUGUUAAAACACGCGCGUCCCUGUGUACACACGUAUACAUAAGACACGCGCCUUCCAUUAUUAUCCGCGCACGCGCUUCAUUAAUUUACGAGCAGGCUCCCACACGGAUCUCGAAAAGGGUAACAAAAGGGCAAGAGGCACGAGUUUGUACUUUGGGGGAUAAAGCGACAAAGAGUCUUGUGGCUUUUUUUUUUUUUUUAAGGACUAACAGGUUUAUUUGUGGCGCGGGAGUUAAGUCUUUUAGUCGUUGUUGCAGCAGGCUUAGGGCAGCUCAGCACCCCUUGCUUUGAGGUUGGUUUCUGGAGAUGUCGCGUGUUUCUUGCUAAAAAGUGGGUGGGUUUCUUUUGGAGGGGAGAGGGAAGUCUGUAAUGCCAAAGGCUGGCAUGGGUAAGGCCAGUGGGAAAUACACAACAGAGCUGGUAUGGUGGAAUCGGUGUUGUUUGUUUAUUUAUAUUUUAAUUGGGGCAUGUCCUAGCAAACUUCCAGAUAUGCUUGUCAGCUUUUUGAAUUUGGCUCUGUCAUGUAUUUGCAAAAAGAGGCAAUUAAAACAAAUGUUAAGGUUUAACAUGUCAUCCUCCUGCUUGGGUAGGGAAACAUAUUGGCAUCUUGCCACAGACCUGAUUGCUUGGAAGUGAGUGAUGUUUAGGCAUAAAUCUUAAGUAAUGCUGCAAUCCUAUCCACAGGUACUUGGGGGUAAGUGCUGCUGCUUGAUGAGAUGUAUUUUGAAUAAGCAUACAUAGGAUCAGGCUGUGCUUGCCAGAUGGAAUGGUCCUCCCUAUGUGUGUGGUUCUGGAGGUGGGGAAACUAUUGCACAAGCAAAAAUCCUUGUAUGGGGCUUCCAUUGACUGGGCACAUUAAGUAAAACCUGUCCUUUGUCUCCUAAUUGACAGGGUAACUGAGGCAGAAACCUGGCCUCUUUCAGACAUUCCAAGAAGUCUUGUUUUAGUGCUAAAACUGUGAUAAAAGGCUCCUCUUCCACUUAACAGGACCCUGUAGUGUUGAAUUCCAUGCAACAUCUGCACAUCUGUUCAGAAUUUGUGUGCUUAUUGCACUCUGUCUUCUAUCUUUUGUAUCUCACUGUUUCCCAACAGACAAAAAUGGCUGUAGCACAGGCCAAAUACGGUAAAUCCCGAUAAAUUUAGGGGAAGGACAAAUCCAGGUGUUCUGUGAUGGCUGUUAACCUGGGUUCUGAUUGUCAGGUGUGUUCUGAAGUGCUGGGGAGGGGAAAGUCUCAGGUCUGGUUUACACUUUAGUCCUGCUGUCAUAAACAUACAAAGUUAUGGGAGUGAGCCUUGAACUUGCAUGUCUUCUCUUCUUCUCUGUUGUACAUAGUUUUCAGUUUGAACACAUGGGGUCAAAGUUUAAAGUAGACCUCAGGAUCGAGGUACAGUGGUACCUCGGGUUAAGUACUUAAUUCGUUCCGGAGGUCCGUUCUUAACCUGAAACUGUUCUUAACCUGAAGCACCACUUUAGCUAAUGGGGCCUCCUGCUGCCGCUGCACCGCCACUGCGCGAUUUCUGUUCUCAUCCUGAAGCAAAGUUCUUAACCCGAGGUAAAAUAUCUCUGUUAGCGGAGUCUGAAACCUGAAGCAUAUGUAACCCGAGGUACCACUGUACUAAAGGUGAUGUCAUGGAUCACCUGUUGCAUCUUUGCAACUGUAGGAUAUAUUCCCUGAGCUUCUUCUGUACUAGCUGUGGCCAUCCAGCCUCCUUAUAAUUCUCCAGGGUUUGAAAUUGCUCAGACCCCAGUGUCUCUGUCCAGAUUUCUAAGCUGUUCUUAAAAAUUAGAAAGCAGUGGUUGGUUGCCAUAAUACUUUCUGCAGCUUUAUUGCCCAUCCCUGUUGCAUCUCCUUUCUGACAGCUUUCCUUGAAAUUUCAAAACUAUUGUACGUUUCCUUUUACUUGCAUUGGGGUAGUUGAGCUUGAUUUGAAAACUAUGCUGCUUGCUAAGAGAGAGUAAAUGGAAACCCAACAUCUUCUCUUUUAUAGUAAGCAUGUGUUGCCAUUUAUUUUAUUUCAUGGAUUUUGUAACUGAAAUUGUACUGUUUCUUUUUCUAAGUAGGGGAAACUUACAUGUCUCUGUAAAUUUCAGGAACCUCCGAAAGCAGGGAAAAGUGGGAAAAGUAGCAAAGAUGUGCAAGAUAAUCUGGACAUGGAGGUAAAUGUUACAAAUUUAAACGUUUUGCUUUCUUUCAGAAAUGUUUACACUGAUGUUUUAUAAAUUCCUUUGCUGAUAUUUGGCAGUGCUUUUCAGUCCCUCUUGUGAUCACUAGCAACUUCUCAGUUAAAAACUAAAAAGUAUUGCGGGGGCGCAAUUAGUGCCAGCACCGUCCGUUAAGAGUUUGGGUGUAAUCUUCGACACCUCCCUUUCCAUGGAGGCGCAGAUUGCAGCUAUAACAAAGGCGGCAUUUUUCCAUCUCCGCCAAGCUAAGCAGUUGGCUCCUUACCUCUCUCGCCCUGACCUAGCCACUGUGAUCCACGCGACGGUCACCUCCAGACUGGAUUAUUGUAACUCGCUCUACGUGGGGCUGCCCUUGAGACUGACCCAGAAACUCCAGCGGGUGCAGAAUGCUGCAGCGAGACUCCUUACGAGGUCUUCGCUGCGAGAUCACAUUCACCGGGUGCUAUACCAGCUGCACUGGCUCCCGGUGGAGUACAGGAUCAGGUUUAAGGUGCUGGUUUUAACCUUUAAAGCCCUAUACGGCCUAGGACCCUCGUACCUACGGGACCGCCUCUCCUGGUAUGCCCCACAGAGAAACUUACGGUCUUCAAAUAAAAACAUCUUGAAGGUCCCAGGCCACAGAGAAGUUAGGCUGGCCUCAACUAGAGCCAGGCUUUUUCGGCUGUGGCUCCGAUCUGGUGGAACACUCUGUCACAAGAGACCAGGGCCCUGCGGGACUUGACAUCUUUCCGCAGGGCCUGCAAGACAGAGCUGUUCCACCAGGCCUUUGGCCAGGGCACAGCCUGACUCCCUCCCUCGGCAAUCUUCGCGGAGGGCCCAAUGGUUGCCAGUGGCUUGAAUUAAUUAAUUUUAUAAUGAAUGAUUUUAGAAUGUUGUUUAUGCUGUACUUUUGUACUGUUUUAUUGUUGUUAGCCGCCCUGAGCCCGGCUUCGGCUGGGGAGGGCGUUAUAUAAAUAAAAUUUAUUAUUAUUAUUAUUAAGUGAAGUGCCUUAGUGACCUUGUUUUGUGAGAAGCAGUAAUGUGAAGUUCUCAAAGUGUGAUUAAAAAUUGUUCCUCAGUGUUUUUCUUUGUAGUUAAGAAAUUCAGUUUUGACCUGUAUGCCACCUUUAAGAGUAAAACACUCUCAAUGGGGCUUGUUCUCUUUACCAUGAACUUCUGGGUAACUAGGCAAACUUCUGUUUGUUAGUUCUCCCUGCCUGGUUUACCUUACAGGAUUGUUGUAAAAAAUAUUGAGCUAAUACACUUCAGGUGCUUUGAACAUUUAGGAAAAUUGCGCUACAAUGAUUGGGGAUCUAUAUUUUUGCCUUUUACAAGUAUGGUGGUGUACCAGUUUUUAAUAGAGUAGUCCCAUUGAAAUUAAUUGGCAUGACUAACUUAGGUCCAUUAAUUCCAGUGGAAUUCUACCCUGAGUGGACGUUAGUUGGAUACAAUGCAUAGACUCUUGGAAAUGACUGUCUUAUGAAAGACUGCCAAAUGUACUGUACCUUCUACAGAUUUGUUCUUAAGGCCGCAAUCAUGUACACAUUUGCCUAUACAAAAGUUCCAUUGGGUCUUAUUUUUUAUGAAAGUACAGCUUUCUCAUUUUAUGUUUUAAAAUGAUUCGGUUUGGCAUUUCUGUGUGCUGACAAAUGCUCAUUUCAGCACUUGGAAUGUGUUACUAUUGAGGCAUUUUUAGGAUGGGCAUCUGUCAUGGAUGCUUUAGUUGAGAUUUCUGCAUUGCUGGGGGUUAGACUAGAUGAUCCUUGGGUUCCCUUCCAACUCUACAAUUCUGUGAUUCUAUAAAAAGGCAUAGGGAAGUAAUAUGUCUGUUACUGUUAACAUUCUUUAAUGCUUUUGUCAAAUCUUUAGCUGAACUACUUAAGCAAUGUUUUUAAGCAUGAUAGAAAUAGGAAUACUUUAUUGUCACUGUGCCACUUGUUUACAGUGAAAUUAAACGAGCCCCCCCCCCAAUCUCUCUGUCCUUUUAAAAGUUUCCAAAGUGUUUGCCCUGUUACUGCAGCCGGAUAGUACUCAAAGGGGUUUGAUGUAAUAGUAUACACCUAGCCUCGUUGUAUUUCCUGUAUGCUGGUGGUGCAGCAUGGGUGGUGCCCUGUUGCACCUAAUUUUCAACAUGACCUGCUAGUGCUGCAUGCAAGCAGACUUGCUGUUUCCCAGACGAGAAUCAAAUCAGUGGGACAGGAUAGAUACUGUGCCUGUGACUUGGGGCUAGAAUACUUGGCUGUUUCUGCCCACUUCUUCCGAUGCAUGGGGAGACUAGCUUCUGCUGUGCAUGUUGGAGGAAGAGGGUGAUUUCUGUGUCAGCUAGACAUGUGUUCAUAUGAUCCCUUGUGGCUCCCAGAGGAAAAUCUGAGAGGAAAAUCUGCUUCCCUCUUUAUUUCACCAAAAAUUAUAUGCCAGUUGAUAAUAAGGAAACCUCUUUGCACAAAUAUAAAAUAAAACAUUAAAAACAUUUGAAAGAUUAUUAAAACCAUAAUGGAAAAAGGGAUAAAACACGUACCAUUUCCACAGAUUGAAGCGGCGGAGUGAUUCUGCAAGUAAACUGGUGCUAAGCAGCUAAUACUUUAUAUACUAACACCUUGCGUUUGGCCCAGUAGCAAAUGGGCAACCAGUGCAGAUCUCUUUAAGCAGAGGUGUUUCUCAUCUAGACAGCUUCUCAUUCCUGUCAGCAGCUGGGCUGAAGCACUUUGCACAGUUUCUGGCUCAGGCACAAGGGAAGCCCCACAUAGAGUGUGCAUUGCAGUAAUCCAGUCUUGAGAAGUUACCAAUGCCUAAAUUACUGCGGCCAAGCUCUUCUGGUCCAGAAAUGAGCGUAGCUGUCGCAUCAGUGACAGCUGGUAUAAGAUUUGCGAAGAGAAGGAGCUGUAGAGACAACCUAUGUUGCUGGGGAAAGGAGGAUGGAGAGAGAAUGGAGAAUUGACAGCGAUGUGGCUGAACAUAUGGGCCACAUUUGCACAAUCAGCCAGGAUACGCAUGAGCGGUAUGCACCCACACAUCCCCGCUUUGCUGCUGCUUUAGUCCUCACUUUGUGUGGGUGGUGAAGCGACCCAGGAAAUGAAGUUAGCCAUGGUUUAAACUUGACUUCUGAAUCCUGUCUCAUUUUUUAUUUAUUUUAUUUUUACCGUUCACACAAAGGGAGAAUCAAUGUGGUGGAAAAGGAGCUGUCUGCAUGUGCAUACAGCUUGUACAUAUCCUGAUUUAACAAGCCAGGAUUUGAUCAUGCAAACAAAGCCAUGGGGUGGCUAGCACCCACAGCAGAUAAUCUUUCGUUGCUAAAACCACAAGGACUGUAACAUGCAAGUGUUUCUGCACUUAAAUUGUUACUGGCAGAAUAAUUGUGCAUAUUGGAAUGUAAGACGAUAGUGCAGGUACAAUUAAAUAUUCCAUUUUUAAAAAAUUGUCUGAAUACAUAUUAAUCUGUUUUGUGUACAUGUUCGUAAAAAGAAAUUAAUUAUCAGCAUACUGGGAACCAUUUUAGUCUCCAGUAUGAAAUUGUGUCUCGUUAUAUGAAAAUAUAUAGUGAGUGCAUAUUCUGAAGUGCCAUUAAUGGCUAAAGGCGUGAUGCAAGAAAAGCGCAAAAAUUCCUUGCUAAAUGAAUGUUCUGUGUGUUAUACAAUGCAGAGCUCUACCAGACUCUCCUGGCGCCAUUUCUGAUGGCUAGGGAACAAAGGGAUACAGUGGUGCCUCGCAAGACGAAAUUAAUCCGUUCCGCGAGAGUCUUCGUCUAGCGGUUUUUUCGUCUUGCGAAGCAAGCCCAUUGACGGAUUAGCGCUAUUAGCGCUAUUAGCGGUUUAGCGGCUAUUAAAGGCUUAAAGGCUUAGGGAUUAGCUGCUAAAAGGCUAUUAAAGGCUAUUAAAGGCUUAGCAGAUUAGAUAAAGGGGGAAAGCGAAAAAAAUCUCAAAACUGCAAGGUAUUUUCGUCUUGCGAAGCAAGCCCAUAGGGGAAUUUGUCCUGCGAAGCAACUUCAAAACGGAAAACCCUUUCGUCUAGCGGUUUUUCCGUCUUGCGAGGCAUUCGUCUUGCGGGGCACCACUGUACACAGAAACCAUACACUUGGAUGCUUCCCAGAAAAUAGAAUCGGCACUACAAUCACAUAUGCUUACACGACGAAGCACAAGUAAAUGGGCCAAAGGCUCAGUAUGGAAGUUGGCUUCACUUAGCCUUCUUAACAGCAGCUAUCUAUUAGCUAGGUGGUAAAUCUUAUAUCCAUUCAACUGGUUGUAAUGUCUGUGGCGUGCAAAAAUCAAAGCUUAUUUCAAAAGCAGAAAUUGGGUGGUUUGACGCCUUCCCAUGGUCCAAUAUUCCCUGGCUUAACCUCUCCACCUUUCUCUUCCCCAGUAUCUGUCUUGAGUACUUUGGGCUAAUUUUACGUAUAAUCUUAAGCCUCUCUUUCUGGAAAUGUACUAGCAUAUGUUGUUUUGUUUCAAGUGCUUUGUGAAAAAUGCCAGAUUGUGAAGACUAGAGAAUGUCCUCUAUUCAAAGAACAAGGAGAACACAAGUGGCAGCAUCCCACAAAUAUUUUAUUUAUAGACACCUAUAUAAAUCUUAUAAUUUUAUUUGAAUUCAUGGUGGUGCUUACUUUUAUGUUAUCUUCUCUGUAGAUCUGAAAGCACUAGUAAAAUGGGUAACAUAUUUCAAACAUCUCAUGCAACUUCUCUGAAGUCCAAUUAAAAAUGAAUUCAUGGCCAGGGUUGCAGCUGAACUUUUAUAUUCUGUUAGGCUGGAACUACAUAAAGCGGGAGCUGCUUGGCUGAUUCCAAAAGUAGAAUAUAUUAAAAAAGUGUGGUGUCGUUACACUGUUGAGUUUUUCUGACACCACAAGCAGCAACUAAGUAGAGCAGGGUGGGAAACGCAGCAGUCUACUGUUGUUUUGUGGUACUGGACUUUACCAUCUAGGAGGAGAGGAGGCGAUGGAAAGCCACAGUUUGUUGGUGCAGCAGCUAUAUCUGUUUCUGACCUCAUCUUUUUUUAAGUACUGAUGGUCACAAUUGCAUCAUAUCAGAUGUAAUUAGUUUAGAGUUGUCAUUAAGUAGCCUUCUGUGCGCAGACCCUGCUCACAAGUGCCCAAAGAGCCUUUGUGGUGUGACUAAUACGGUACACCUAUUUACAAUUCAUUGAAUAUCCUUAUUAAAAAGACACCAAGUUCCAUGGAUUCCCCCCCUUCCUUGCCUGAGGGCAAAGUAUUAACUUGCAUAUUCCUUUGGGUCUACAGUACUGACAAUAUUAAUUAUGAGGGGGUGUGACAGCAGACCACUGUAGAAGGUAAAGUACACUAGUCAUGAGAAAGAAAGUGUUUAUUGGAAGAAAAUGCAAACAUAGUUCAGAGAGUUCAUCCAUAGUCCACUCUCUCCUGAGGUUAAAGCAACUUUUUCUUCUUUAGGAAAUAGAGAGGUUCCAUACUGUUCCCUUUGGGGUGGGCAGGAGCAGCAAUGGGGGAAGAGUCUACUGAUGCAACUCUACUUGCUGUUAAGCCCCAACCCGUAAGCUUUUAUUCAGAGAAAAAUGCUAGUAGGCAUUGAUUUUCAGUUAUACACAGGGUACUUUGAUGAGCGGUUUUCCCUCUUUAAAAUGAAGGUGACAGCAAAGAGUGUUAAAAAUAGAUGCAAGCUUGUUGUAAACAAAGUACUGCUUUUUGGAAUCUGAAAUGCUAUGUGUACUUUACCUAAUACCAUAAUGCAGGUACAAAGUAAGUUCUCAAUUCUAAUUUAAAGGUUCAGGAAAGUCAGCGAACUAACCUCUUAACAGCUGCUCUUCAAGCGUAGUUCUUUCUUCAAAGUCCAUGGAUCAUAGACUUGCUGAACCUCAUGGGUAUUAAAGAGACAUAUUUAGACACUUUGCCUCCCUAUCCUUUUGGAAUGUGUAUAGCAGCAUGCAACAUUAAACAAAGUCAUUAAUCAUAGAAUUGAAGAGUUGGAAGGGACCCCGAGGGUCAUUUAGUCCAACGCCCUGCAAUGCAGGAAUCUCAACUGGAUCAUACAUGACAGAUGGCAUCCCACCUCUGCUUGAAAACUUCCAAGGAAUGAGAGCCACCACCUCUCAUAGGAGUCUGUUCUACUGUCAAACAGCUCUUACGGUCAGAAAGUUCUUCCUAAUGUUUAAUUGGAUUCUUUUUUCUUGUAACUUGAAUCCAUUGGUUUGGGUCCUAUCCUUGAGAGCAGGAGAAACUCCAUGUGAGAGGCAUUUAGAUAUCAUUUCUCCUCUCAGUUUCCUAUUUUCCAGGCUAAACAUACCCAAUUCCCUCAUAAGGCUUGGUUUCCAGACCCUUGAUCAUCUUGGUUGCCCUCCUCUGCACAUGUUCCAGCUUGUCAAUAGCCUCCUUAAAUUGAGGUGCCCUGAACUGGACACAGUACUCCAGAUGUGUUCUGACCAAGGCAGAAUAGCAUGGUACUAUUACUUCUCUUGACCUGGGGCACUAUACUUCUGUUGAUGCAGCCUAGAAUAGUGUUAACUUUUUUUGCUGCUGCAUCACACUCAUGUUAAGCUUGUGGUCCAUCAAGGCCUCUAGAUCCUUUUCACAUGUACUGCUGGCAAUCCAGGUGUCCAAUCAGAUGUGCACUGUGGUUUAUUUUUAUGCUUUUGUGAAAUAGACACACCAAGGGCCAAAAAUAGAGGCUUCAUAAAGCUUGCCUAAAGUAAAGAACAUUGGUAUUUUCUCAAAGAUGCUUCCUUUCUGGAUCAUGUAUUGGGUGUAGCAAAUCUUACAGCACUUGUUACCUUUUUGAGACUGUCUCUUGGCAUUAUGGACUUGUCCCCUUUAAGGUUUUCUAAAAUAGGUUUAAAUAUGUGGUGAUAGCCAAAAAAGAAAACCCCUUCGGAGUUAGUGCUAAUGGUAUUAGAAGUGAAAACUAUUGUUGACUGCUUUUAUAUUGUUUGACUGCUUCUGUUUAAGAAGUCUUAAUUAUUCUUUAUAUACAGGUUGCAAGCAAAAAAUCCAGCAGCACCGUUGUACCUGCAACACAGAUAGCUAAAAUCAAAACACCUCCUGUACAACCUGUAGUGAAGAAAGAAAAACGGCAGAGUUCCUCAAGAUUUAAUCUUGCCAAUAACAGAGAACUCCAGAAGCUGCUAGCUUUAAAAGGUAUUUACUAUCUAUCUUUCAGUAAUCCUUGUCGUAGAAGCAAGUUGGUAAUGUAAGAGAGAGCAAAUUUCUGCAACUGCAGACUUCAAUUUGGAGGGCUCAUUUAGGCAUGCACAGCAGAGGUUCUGACCUUUUCCCCUCAAAGAUUGAGUCUUCAGAGCACUUCUCGAACUCGCCUGGUUUCCAAAGUGACUUGUCAAGCUGUGCAUAAACUGUUGUUGAGAGAAGGUGGGGAGAAAAAGCUAGUGACCUUGUUGUGCAUCCAGCUCACCAGAUGGCCUAUAGGAUUGUAGCCGUGGGGCGCGAGCAGCAGAUUACAUUCCAAAAUACAUGCGAUAACGUUGUGCAUUGGUGACGUCGGGGCAAAAAUUAGCUAAGAACUUAUUGGGCUCUUACUCAGCAAGCAUCUACUGUAGAGCCAAGACUACACGAGCUUUGGUUUAUUGUGGGGCCCUGGGCCAUUUCAGAAAGCAAAGCAAAUGGUCUUCUACUGCAGAUGCUGGCAGUGAACUGGAGAACAGAUGAAAUUCACACUGUUGGCUAUGAGUGCAUGCCAUUCCAUAGGUGAUGGCGGCAAAUUUCCAGCUUUUAAAGAGCCUUGGCAUUCAUAUUUCCCAGUUCAUGAGCAGCGUCCAAUAUGGCUUUUAGCGCUUCAACCUCUGACAUACCACUUUUGACCCACACUAUUUACAAAGCUUACAAUUAUUCUGCCUGGGCAUAUUGGCACAAUCAAAGGUUAUCAAAUUCACACCAGUUGAACUGCCAAGGUUUUCCCCUGUAGGUCUUGAUGACGCUCGAGGUCCCUUCCAACUCUUCAAUUCUAUGAUUCUGUGAUUGUGGUUUUGUGAGAUGCCGUAUUAUAAAAACUUGCCCUGCCAGCACAGAAUUGCAGUUUUCAGUUUUCCUUGGGAAGAGGGAUUAAUCCUUAAGUGAGUUUUGUAGAUGAUGCAGAUUCAGUUGUGGGUAUUUCUAAAGUGUGGGUCACAUACAAAGGGAGCAGGUUUACGUAUUCUUUCUUUGGCAUGAAUCCAUCACCUGCCUUGGUAGCUAUUGCUGACCUGGAUUUGAAACCACAGUUUGAAGCUGACUUUAAAUCCUAAUUGAGAGAGAGCACUAGUCAUUAGUGAGGGUGGUAAAUGCAAAUACUGGUGUAUCAUUAACUACAGUUAGGUUUAGUUAGGCUGUUCCUCCAAGAGGAGAGCAUGUGAUCCUGUGGCCUUGUGUAAAAAGCUUUGCUCCCAUUUAGAAAUACUGGCCUUUAAAUAUGGCACUUCAUUUGAUUUCGUGUUUUUAAUAUUCUGUUUGGAGCCAUUCAGAGUGGCUGGGGAAACCCAGCCAGAUGGAUGGGGUAUAAAUAAUAAAUUAUUAUUAUUAUUAUUAUUAUUAUUAUUAUUAGACUUGAAUUCAAGUAUUGGCAUAUGUCUAUGUACUGAAUAUCAAAAAGUAUCUCACAAGCAUAUAAAUAACUAAAGCAAAGUGGCUGGGUGUAUCUAUGCAGUUCUAUGCAAUUGUGUGCCUUCUCUUUCAUCUAUGGUAAAUGGAGGUACAUUUGAAACAUGCAAGUAGUAUUUGAAGUGUUAGAAAGUUUAAAUGUUAGGUGCAAGUUCUUCUUUAUCCUGUAUGAUGACCAGUCAGUAACCUCACAUUCCAAUAAUAUUCCUCCUCCCUAUACACUCUAUUGCUGUUUGCUUACUGCAACAUCCUCUGGCUGUUAAUGUGAUGUUCCUUAUAACUUAAAAAAUAGGACGUUCUGCAAAACAUCAAGUAUUGUAUAUAACUUUAUUCUAAAUAUGUUAAAAUUGGAAACUAGUUGUGUAAUCUUACGUUUUUGUCAUUUUGCUAAUAGAAUUUGGAUCUCUUUAUACGGAGUAUAGACAAUGGUCUUGAGGAAGUUCUUCAAAACAUAAUCCAAAUACUUUUCUGUUGUUAACUAGUCCCGAAGCAAAGUAAUGGGGUUGGAUUCUGAGAAUCACAGGUGAAAGGAUGGUUGUGGGAGGGGACUUACCAAUUCCCUGCUCCCUACGAAAAAACCUCUGGAGUGUCAGGGGUCCACCCUGAACAACAUGGCAUGUAACAUGGAGGAGAACUUGCCAAAAUGAUUCAGAGGCAUCUUAAGGUUUAUUCAGGGCUGGGGAGUCUAGGACCCCCCCCCCCCCGCCGCCGCCUUCAGACUCUGCCUAGAUUUCACCCUGACGAGAGAAGCUCUGCACCCUCAAGUGCUUUUGCCUGGCUGGAACUGUCCUUGAACUAUGGUAAUGCUACUUGUUCACCUGAAUGGGCAGUGAAGGUGUGUGUGUGAGAGAGAAAACCUUUAGACUUUUACAUGACUGGAAUGUAGCGUAUUAUGCAAAGGUAAGAGUCACUUCCAUUGUUUUGCCCAUUCUGACCCUGCCCAUUUUUGCUUCUGGUUUUAUCAAAUCGCUGGCAUGUGGUUAUUAGAAAGUUGCCCAUGAGAGAAAGUGGCCUUUAGACUGAAAACAGUUCCCCACCCCUGGGUUAAUCAGCCUUAAGGUGUCUUGAAACAGACAUUUUAAUGUUAAUUACCUAGCUCUGAAAUAGCUGGGAUUAAAUGCAAAUUUGGUGAAAAUUAUCUAAAACAUGUGAGUUUUGCUUUGUUUUGUUUUUUAUUCUAAGCACUUGUGCUCAUUGGAUUUCGUCUUGGACAUAAUCCAGUGAGCUGAAACAUGCCUUGUACCACAUCAGUACUUAACUACGCAUUGCAUUAUCCCUCCUGCAGAUACUACAUUGCGUUCCUCUUUAUGGUACGACUGGGAAGUCUGAGGGUGGAGUCUGAGCCACACAUAAGUUGUUGCUGGUUCCUUACUUGUGUAUGACUAGCAGAAAGUAUGUGGCGCUGCCCAGGAAUUUGCAGAAACCAAAAACUGCUGAGAUUUUUAAAUGGAUAAUGCAACUUGCUAGUUUCUAUGGCUGUGUCCACAAGCACUCAGCCCCACCCAGGGAGCACCUGCCCCUGCGCAGAAUCAGUGCAGGGGGUUGGGCUAAUGUUAAACUGGUUUUGUUUAACCCCAUACUGUCAGGAAGAUGGGUGGGAAGGAGACAUUGUGUCUCCUUUCUCGCCCUCCCAGCUGCACUGCAGAGAAACAAGUGUUCUGCUGGAAACAUUCUGGCAAAGCAGACCCCAUGCACCCUUGGCAGUCAGCGCCUGCACUGCUGAUGUGCUGGGCCUGCUUAUCAUCUCCCUCCAUAAACAAGAGUGAGAGACUGACUCCAGACACUGGCCCAAUAUGUGAGCAUUUCUUCUCUGCUCGUCUAGCAGAUUUUACCAAGUGAUUUUUAGUUCAUUUUAAUUAAGCACUUCAGGGUAACCAAUUGGUGCCUUUGGUGGCUGCCCUUCAUGACAUUAGAACAGUUAAAAGGAGAAACUUUAGUGUCUUGGUGUUGCUUGAUUUUAAACUACUACUUGAUAGCUGUAAAUAUUAGAAAAUGAAAGUAUGUAACAUCUCAUGGGUAUAGCAUUUGGUCCCAAUGUUUAACCUGGCUUCAUAGGAAGAGUGGAGCACUUGCAGUCUCCAUCAAUGUCAGGGAUACUACAAAUAUCUUCAAAACUUGUAUACAGUCCUUCAAAAUUGAGAAAUAGGCUUGUUCUCUUUCCUGCAUAAAAACUACCGGUAAUAAUUUCCCAGACCAAGCAAGAAUAUUUGUGGAGUAUUCACAACUGAAUUUCUCACAUUACUAGUAAUAUUUGCAUACAAAGAAAGAAAGAAAGAAAAACUUUGCAGUGCUGCUUUUGCAAAAAUCCUGGAGUUGGGUCUCUAGUACUUCUAUUUUACUUAUGAGGGGCCAAGGAAAAGAAUUAAAUUUACCAAGGCUGCACAAUUUCUGGUAGCACUGGGAUUUGAAUGCUGGUAUCUGAAUGAAUUAGGGAGGUUUUUAAUGUUGGGGGUAUUUGUGUUUUAAUAUUUUGUUGGAAGCUGCCCCUAGUGGCUGGGGCAAUCCACUUAGAUGGGAGGCAUAAAUAAAUAAAUAAAUAAAUAAAUAGGAUUAUAAAAAAAACUUUUUAGAGUCAGGCAUUCUUUUAUGUACACAGAUUGGCAACAUUCAUCCAGAAUUUCAGGCAAAUAUUUAGUUGUGCUUUAUUUAUUUUGUAAAAAAAAAUUACACUGCUUGGUUGUAAAAAAACUUCAAAGCAGUUUACAAAACAUUAAAAUAAGGAAAUCAUGAAAAAUUCACAACCAUACUUUAAAACAUGCAGAAGUUAAAAUACUAAAAUAGAUUAAAAUUACCGUAUUUUUUGCACCAUAACACUCACUCUUUUCCUCCUAAAAAGUAAGGGGAAAUGUCUGUGCGUGUUAUGGAGGGAAUGCCUACGGGUGGCAUGCCUACGGAUUUUCCUCCUCUAAAAACUACGUGCGUGUUAUGGUCGGGCGCGUGUUAUAGAGCGAAAAAUACGGUACUUCUACUUUCUGAACAUCUGGAUAGGCUUGACUAAACAAAAAUGUUGUGGGUUGAACCCAAAACCUUCUGCAUACAAAACACUGAGCUAUGCCAAACUGUACCAGUCACCCAGUAGCACCAUAGAAUUUAUUGACAACCAUAGACCACACCUUUGCACAUUAACACAAUUUUGAAAUAAGUACUGUAUAAAGCUUUAUUUCUAUCCACUGUACUCCAGCUGUAGAAAAUGGUAGUAAUAGAAGUAAAUAAUAUAUUAACGACUUAAACUGGGUCUAAGGCCUCUUAACCUAUGCCUGCUUGUACGGGAAUCAGCCCUAUGGAACUCAGUCAGUGUUAAUUCUUAGUAGACACACAUAGGAUUGCACUGAAAAUAGCUUUUCCUAAGUUCUUACCCUGGGAAGCAACCCCACAAAGUACUACACCAAGCCAGGUUGUGAAAUAACAUACCAGAACUACCAUUACUUGUCUGCAAUUUUCCAACUUGAAUAAAGGUCUUGUGAGUAACUCUUACAUUGUCAGAGCUGCUUUAAUUUAAUUUUAAGGAAAUCUGAUAUUUAGAGGAGGACUCAACUUUUAGUAGAUAUAAUUUUAUAUGUAGUCAAAAGGCUUUACAAUGUCUGUCUUGCACUUUUUAAAGUUCAUCUCACUAUUAUUUUGAUAGUUUGUAUUGAUUGCCCUUUUUGAAUUCAGGACUUGGAAAAUGGAUACAUCUUUCAUAGAGAUCUGUGUCAAGGUAGGCAUCCACUAACAAGCUGCCAGUUGUGUCUCAUGGGCAUAAGAGCUUCUGUUGAUAAUGGCCUUUAUUUUAGCCUUUGCAAGCGUAUGCUCAGCAUAGAGCAGACUUCUGUGGUGUUUUUUUAAUAGAAUAGAUGCAUGUGACAUGCGACUGACUGACUGCUUAACUCCUUUUUGCUAGAGAGUCUGCAGUGCAUGCUUAUCUGCCGUCUCUUGAGUUCAGUCAAAAGAAUUUUUGGAGAGAGGUGACAACAAAAUGGAUUUGUAUUUCCAUAGUGGAGUAUAUUGAUAAAGCUAUCAGUGUGCAUGAGGCUUUGAGGUUUCUAAAGUAACAAACGGAAUGCUAAUAUCUGGGACAAAAUCUAAAACUGGAACUAUGUUCCAUGAAACUUACAAUUUGAAACUAAAAUUCUUCAGCAUUUGGAGUGGGUUUUGUCAGUCCCCCCCCCCCCUUUUAAAUCCAGCUAGCUGUAUAAUUGCAUGACUUUGAAGACUGCUGAUAUUCUGGCAGUUUCUGCUUAGUUUUUCUUUAAAACCUGCAGGCAAUGUGCAUCUUCCUUAAAUGUCAGAAAUGGUUUAUACACUUCGGAAUUCUGGAAGAUGUACUGAAAUUUAGUUUGAAAGAUGGCUUCCUGGAAAGAAUCUUCACCUUGCCAUGGUUUCCUUCUCUUUCAAAUAAGAACACAGAACAAAGUUUGAGUGAAAUUAUUGUGCCUUGCUGUCAUUCCAGCAAACCUAUUUCCUGGUUCUUAUGUUACGUUAAACCAUAGUUUAAACUAUGGUUUAACAUGAAUGUUCAGUGUGUUGGUGCACACUUGUGAAAAGCUUUUACUUCACUCCUCCCCUUCCAUACUUAUGAAAACAAGCCAGAGUCUGACUUGUCCUGACUCCAAGCUCAGUCUCAUGGCUUCGUUCUCUCUACUAUCCAAUGCAUAUUAAACAGAGGGAAUAAAUUAAACUGUAUCGGUAUUCCAAGACAAUUUUUUCAAGGUUUUGUAUGUGAGUUCUGAUUAAAAGGUUUGUAUGCAGCACUCUUUUGAGUGUACCAGCAUGAGCCUUUUUGCAUGCAUUUGAAUAUUGUGACCCAGUUUUGUAAGUCGCAUCCAAUCCUAUGCAACUUUUCAAGCUCAUGCUUGAACUUUUAAUGGACUGGAGUUGAGGGAGACAGGAAAUCGUAGGACCAAUAUGGACUAUGUCAUUCUUCUGGGAUGGGCCAGAUAAAUCCCCAGUGCCUUUGUUUUAGUCAAAAUAUUUCUAACUCACCUUUCUGCCCCAUGGGGACUCCCAAGGCAGCUAACAUAACAAAACUUGGAAACAUUCUUUUAAAAACGUUUUGAUAAGAUUUGUAUAUAAGAAAACCAAGGGGGAUAGCCAUUCUGCUACCUGACAGACCAAAGGCACGCUGAAAUAAUGCAGUAUUUGCUUGACAUUUUAAACGCUUAGAUUAAGAGGGCCAAUGAAACCAUAACUGAUAACACACUCUCUGCCAUCUGUACCCAUGCUUGAAGCAAAGCCUCCUCAUGACUACUUAAGCAGGAAGAAUUGUGUAUGUGAAUACUAUCCUUUAAGUGUACUUUUAGUAUGUACGCGUUUCUAGUGAGAAUGAAGUGUCUGGGCACAGAACCUUUCCACAUCUCUCUUUAGAAAGUUCCCUGCAUUCCAAGACCUAGUUUUCAUGCUUUGCAUUCAGUGCAGCUAGCUGUUUGGCUGCAGCGCCCUUAAUUUUCAACCGUACUAAUCUGACGAAUUUUCAUGCUUCAAAAAGUGAUGCUGCUCAUGCACGUUUACUUAGCAGUAAGCCCACUGUGUUCAGUGGGGCUUACUCCCAGGAAAAUGUGUGCAGGUCAUUAAGAGAACAAAGGAGAGGGGGCUCUGUGCCAGAUGCCAAAACGUGGUGCCCGUCCUUCAACUGAGAUAGACAAAGGCAGAAUUUAGAGCAAAGUUUGCUGUGAUGUGAGCUAGAAGCAAAAGCAGCAAGCGGAGGGUCAGUGAGCAAUGUUUGAUUUCUGUUUGAAUCUAAGGCUGUGGCUAGGGGAGAAGCAAGACUCUUUUGAGGUGUUGAUGCUGUGAACCCCUCCUCCAUUGUACGCUUAGGUUGCAUAUGUGUGUAAAUAAACUAUAUAUCAUUAAGACACCACAGUCUGCUGUGCCUCAUUCUGAAAGGAAACAUGAACCCUGGAUAAGUGCAUGGAACCCCUGGAAUCUUGCAUCACUCAGAGAUUGGGCUGGAUUGCAACAACAUGAAUGUGCUGAUGUAAUAAUCAUAAUAAUUUAUUUAUUUCUGCCCCGCCCAUCUGGCUGGGUUUCCCCAGCCACUCUGGGCAGCUCCCAACAGAAUACUACAAACAACGAUAAAAGAUCAAACAGGGCUGCUUUCAGAUGUCUUCUAAAAGUCAGAUUGUUGUUUAUUUCCUUGACAUCUGAUAGGAGGGUGUUCCACAGGGUGUGUCCCACUACCAAGAAGGCCCUCUGCCUGGUUCCCUCUGAUGUGGGAAUCACUGGUGCAUUCCACUCCUGGCAUGGCAGGAAGGAAAUAAGCCAUAGACUGGCUUGCUAUGUGCAAGGCAUGUAACAACAAACCAGUCUGGGUAGAAACAAAGUGCCUGCAAAUUCAGUACCAUACAUUCCCCAAGGUGCACACUGUGACCACCACCUUCUUGAGCCCUAAGGAGACAGAAAAAAAGUUUGUUUUCCCACAAACACACUAGGCUAGUACACCCAAAGCUAAUGCUUUCCCUGAGCGGUCUAGACAGGCUACAGACUGGGAUAUAAUGUUUCAGUGCACUGUCAUCUGUUGAAAGAAGAAAGCCAUUCCUAAAGUGUAUCGCACUUGAUUUCUCAGUAAGCUGUGUAUAGGAUUGCAGCUGCAGUGCAAAUGCAGUCUCUCUUGAUCAGCCAUCAAAAGUCAUGUAGACGUACGUAUAUAUAACUGAAAAAGCUUACAUACCAUAAGUACAAAAAAUCUAAGCAGUUGGGAUAUUUCCUUACCCCUGUCUCUGGUGGCAAAAUGGGGGUUUAUACUUGGAAUUUCUCAUUUUUAUAAACUGGCAAGAUUGUCCUAACCAACCAGGAGAAGCACUUUCCCUCUUUCUAAAGCCUGCAAAGUUCAUUUAAAGAAAAAGUCAUGGAUUUCAACCUGUGUGCUCCCCUGGAGUAUUUAUUAUAACUUGGGUUUCUGUGACCUCUUCCUGAACUACAUCUCUAUUCAGUCUUUAACUUGCAAGCAAUAAUUUGAUAAUUAGUUGCUUCCUUUCUUUGACCUAAUUGAACAUCUUUACCAGCACACUUAAUUUCUGUUUACAUAAGCUGCUCAUUAUGCAAGGGCUUGCCCCAUUGCUAGGCCAAAUUUCUGCACAUUGACCCAACACUAUUAUUGUCUUAAUAGCUCUUCAGGCCAAUUGUUAACCAUGCUUGUGUCCUUAGGGGGUGUGGAGCUAUUUUAAUAAUCAUUCCCUGUCCUAAGAAAACAGUUUUUUAAGAAGAUUUUUGUUCAACUCCUAUUCUUCUGAGUUUUCUAGGCUUCUUGUGGGAGUCAAGAAUGUAUGUGCUCCACACAAAUCAAAGCAGGAAAGAGGAAUGCAUGUGGCCCAGGCAGUCAAAUUCUGAGUCAAGAACCUGUGCAAAUUAUGCAAAUUGAGGAAAUGUUCGUUGCAUUAUUGUGGCUUGGAUCACAGAGAGAGGCAAGAAGGUCUGCAGAGUAGCACAACCAGCCCAUUAGAAAUCCUAUUCACCUGCUCAUUGCCUUCUGAAAUCUUAGCAGGUGGCUUGCCCGCAAUUUCAAGUAUACCUUCAUUUCCAUAUGGUCUAGAAUCUGUGGCCUUUUAAAUGUGGUGGGGUUGUUUUUGUUUGUUACUAUGUGAUGCAUUUUUGUGUUUUAUAUUGUAAAUCAUCCUGUGAUCCUUGGGUGAAGGACAGUAUAGAAAUCAAAUAAAUAAAUAUAAAUAACAUUUUUUUUAACGAGAGCUACGAUUAUAAAUGAGCUAAAUUCUGUGCUCUUCUAGAAUUGUGCCCCAUACAUUGCACUUGCAAAGUUUGCGUGAAGCUGUACCUAACAUUCAGGUAUACAUUUUGGUUUCAGUGAAAUUACCAAAAUUGCCAAGCCAUUGUAAUAACUUCAGUAAUUCUUUCAAGACAAUAAUGCCCACUCACAUCACAAAGAACUCAUAGCCCACUUACUCUCAGCAGCCAGAAACAUCAUAACCAGACACUGGAGAGACCUGUCAGGAGUAAGCAUGGACCAAUGGUACCAAGUAGUAUGGGAAACAGCCUUACUAGAAAAAUUAACCAAUAAACUGAAACUAACACGUGGACAAAUAGAAGAAGAUGCCUUCACCCUGGUAUGGCUCCCCUUUAUCACAUACACAGCCCAACAAAACAACGACAAGAAUCCACCAGUGGUAUAUGAAUCAAUACAAUAUGUCUAACCUGAUCCAAAACAUCCACCCACCCCACCCACACAUGAAAACAAAGUUCACCAGAGCCAGUCACAAACAAGCAACCACACCCUAGACCAGUGGUGUCCAAACUUUUUUCAAAGAGGGCCCGAUUGGAUGAAGUGAAGGGUCGUAAGGGCCAACCAAAGUUGUUAACCCUUUUUUAGGAUUGAAGUUGUUGAUCUUUUUUCAGGGUUGAAGUUGUUGAGGUUUUUAAGGAUUUUACCCCAGGAAAUAAACUGCCACAGGGGCCAGAUUAAACCCACCAGCGGGCCAGAUUGGACCCCCGAAAAGGACUUUGGAUAUGCCUGCCCUAGACCAACCCCAACCUCUCUCACCAGCUAAGGAACACAAGCGAAUAGCAAAGAGAACCUGCACAAACGAUGCUGACACAAAACCCCACACAUUAAGUAAAAUUUAAAACAUCACCACCCGACCCCACACCCAUCCACCAUGGUCCCCUCCACCUCUCCCCCCUUUUUUUCCUAAUGUAACACUAAUGUCUGAACAAAUGAAACUGAAAUGUAACUUGAAAAAAGAGACAUUGCGCAUACUUUUGUAAACCAAGAAACCUUUAAUAAAAAAAUAACCAAAGAAAAACUUGAGUAAUUUUAAAUCAGGAGUGCCAAUAAAAAUGUUUUGUGUGGAUUUGCUGUAUUUUAUUUUUAUCCGCUGCCAAGUUUGUGUGUGUGUGUGUGUGUGUAUGAGAGAGAGAGAGAGAGAAAUUGUAAAUUUCUUCGGGUGGUUGGCAAAUAGGUGUUACAUAAAUCCAAUAAAUUAAAUAAAUAACAACAAAUAUAAGCAGUAUAUUUCUUCUCUGCUCUUGCAGUCUUUAGAACAGGGUUUCCCAAAUUUGGGUCUCCAGCUGUUUUUGGACCACAACUCCCAUCCUCCCUAGCUAGCAGGACUAGUGGUCAGGGGUGAUGGGAACCGUAGUCCAAAAGUUUGGGAAACCCUGCUUUAGGGCAAGGAUGGUAAAAGGCUAGGCACAAAUCUGGUGUGGCCCUUGAAAUGUUGAUUCGGGAGCCCAGAAAUAAGAAAUACAUUUUCUACCUUAUUUUCUACCUUAUUUCUACCAUAGGCCUCUCAGUCUGAAAACAAGCAGCCGUCAACCUUUUCUGUAGGUUCAUGUCCUUUCGGAUAUACAUCUAGACUGAAACUCCAUAUGGUUCAAAUUUUUAAAAGGGAGUUUUACCAAAUGUGGCUUUAUUAUUGUAACUUGUGGCAUUUUAUCAGUUUUAUUGGACCUUUGUAUGUUUCUGGUGUGGUGUAGUACUUGGUUUUUAAAAGGUUUUUAUAGAGUGCUACUGAUUUCGAUUGUUUUGAUUAGGUUGCAUAUAUUUAUUUGUAUUGGGAAUAAUGAUGGAUGGCUACCCCUGUGGAUUUUUGUAACUGAAAUUGCUUGAUAUUAAUAUUUAGUCAUGUCCUAUGAGCUCAAGAGUUGGACCUCAAUAUUGCAAUAAAUGGCUCUGCUUUGUGGAUUAUUUUAAGAUGCUAAAUAACUGUCAAAUACUCAUUCUUACAGAUAACCAGAUACGGUGUUUUUUAUAUAAAUAAAGUUACAUCUGCCACAUUCCCCACCCCCAGGCAUUUCUGGAUUUUUUCAAGCCCUCUCUACUUCUAUUUCUUUUUUGCAGCCAUAACUUUUGCAGUUAAUCUCAUUAUUCUAAAAUGCUGCUUUUCUUACUCAGAUUGUUUAUAACAACCAUCCAAACAUGUUACGGUUGAUACCUGCUCAUCUUGUCACAUAUGCGUCAGUUCCUGUUUCCCACUAUACAGUUCUUUGAUUUAAGAAGGUUUUGGAAGUUGUUUCCAAUUGUAAACUUGGAACACUUGAAAAAAGAACAGGCUUCACAAGGCUAUAAAAAAAACCACAGUAUAGUUAUUUAAGCUAUUUUUAGAAUCAGGACUUCUAGAUCUGCACAUAGAGCUGACUAAUUUUCUCAUGGGUCUUAAUAAAAUAAGCGAAUCUGGCCAUCUUUGAGUUUUUGAACUAGGAAAAUAUCGUUAGGAAUAUGAAUCUUAAGUAUGGGACUAACCUUAUAUAACUUGGAAGGAAAGAAGGAAAAAAAUCCAGCCUCUGACAUCAAAGCCCCCACUUCUAGAAAAUGGCAGUUCAAUAAAUAUGAAGGUAGUUGGUACACAGAGGUCAGAAAUGAUCUGUUAAACAACAAGUAAUAUUCAGCUUAAAGAGGUAAAAUGCCCCACUUUGAGAACAGUUUUCAGAUUUCCUUAGGCCAUGGGUGAGGGACCUCUAACCAAAGGACAGUCUUGGCUCACCAAGGGGUCCUGUUUGGCCCUCUACCAUUUCCCAAAAACUCUAGCCACCUACCAACCAGCUGAUGUCACUUUCAUGGGCAGGUGACACCAGCUGAUGGAUGGCACAGGGUUCAGUUCUAUAUUGGCUGCAUGUACCAGUUCUUGAAGCUACCAGCAUGAGUUUGACCAAACUGCGGGAGGCAGUGGAAGACAGGAGUGCCUGGCAUGCUCUGGUCCAUGGGGUCACGAAGAGUCGGACACGAUUAAACGACUAUAAACAACAGCAACCAGUUCCCCAGAGGAAACUGGCGCGCACACAAUCAAAACAUCAGGAUUUAACCCCUGUGACGGAAGCCAGCCGUCACAAAUGGCGCAGUUUAGCAUAAAAUAAAGACACAGAGAGCCAGCAAUAUUUUCAGGAUGGUAUGAGCAGCUCCUUUCGAACUUCUCUCCUCUCCGGUAUCUUUUAUUAUCCUUUGUUCUCUCCUGUCGCAUGGCCGUUUGCCAAUGUCUCACGUUACCUACAUCCGGUCAUGGCUUUAACCCACCCAUCGCCAUAUAAGGUUAUGCACUUAAUACACUGCAAGGCACGGACAUUCAGGUCAGUGAGGCACCAGGUGGCGCUACAAGCCUUUGCCAUGACUUCAUGGCUCCCACACCCCUGCUCAUCAGCUGCUGAGUGGGAGUUAAAUCCUGCUCAGACUCCUGCAGAGAGCAGGAUUGAAGCCUGUGCUCAUCAGCUGUAAAUUUUAAGCAGUGUGCCUCCGAUUGCCGCUUACUGGGGGCAGCAGGAAAGCUGUUGCCUUUGUUACCCAUUUGUGGACUUCUCAGAAGCAUCUGCUUGGCUCUUGAAAACUGGAUGGUGUUUUAUUUGGCUAUUUAUAUCCUGCCUUUCAACAAGUUACCAGGGCAGCUUAUCAGUAUGCUGGACUGGACUGAUCCAGCAGGGCACUUCAGUGUUCAAGAAAAGAUGUGGGGGAAUAUCUCUGCACUUUUAACCCACUGCAGCUGAGCUGCUGCAUGGGAUCAUACAUAUUUGUACCCUUCCUAUCUUUCCAUGAACUUCAAUGUACAUAGCUCAAUGGAUGCUUGGGGAAUGGGACACACUGCUACUGCCUCCCCCACUACCCAAAGUAUUUCAUGGCUUCCUUCUCAUGGUCAGUGGAACGCAUGCAGAAUAGCUGUAUGAUAAUGCAGCAUUUCUGCUCUGAGCAAGUUCAGUAAUAGUAUUCCUUUUUAUGGAAUUUUGGAGUGGAGGAAACCUCCAUGUCUGCAUUAUAAGUAACACAGGUGAGAUUCAUAUCCACCAUCAGAGGAGUGUCCUUUUGAUUGUUCCUUCCUUCCAUUAAUUAUAUUUCUAUGCUGCUUUUCACUCUCACAAGUCAGAAAGUGGCUUGCGUAAAAUAAAUAACAACAUAAUAGAACAUCACAGUUACAACAUAAAUCAUAUGAAAUAAUUAACAAAUCAUCAGUAAAAACAACCACCUUCUAUAAAACACUAUUAACAGAGCAGCUUAAAAAAAAAUAAAAAAAUAGGCUAAACACCACAGCCACAAGAAAAGCCAUAUUGUAAAAUUCACAAAGCAUUAAACAGCACCCAUAAUCCACAAAACAAUAUUAACAACAUUAACAAGCUAACAAUCAAAAACAAACAAAGUGCUGUUGAAUUCACACACACACAAAAUCACACAGUCACACAAUCCCCACAACCAUGGGUUGUAGUCUUCCACUUCGCUCAUCAAAAGACAGGAGCUCAUCCCUCCGCGGGGAUUCGAACCGCCGACCAUACGAUCGGCAAGUCCUAGGCACUGAGGUUUUACCCACAGUGCCACCCGCGUCCCACUAUACAUAAAUAACCUCACAACAAUUUAGCCUCUUUUUUUGUAGGGAAGGUGUUUCUUUUUGUUGCACUGCACAUUUUACAAGUUUAAGUUGAUUCCUGCGGAGAAGGAUGACAAGGAGGUUUGUAUAAUAUCCGGGGGAUGUUUCAAAUUAUACUAUAUAUUCGUAUUAAGUCGCUAGUUGCAGUUUUCACAUUUGUUAGUCACUGUAAGCAACAAUGUAGUCCAAAUCUUUCUGCGUUAGGCUGAACAGAGCUUACUCAAAACAUCUCAAAAUAUAGAAUGCCAAUGUUGUGCUAUUUUAUGCUGUUGUCACAGCAAACAAAUGUGCCAGCACAGAUAUGUAUAUAUAGUAGUGGAUAUAUUUUUUACUAUCUUUCCUAAAAUGUUAAGAGCAAGUUGCAGGCUUCACCUUUUAAAAUACAUUUUACAUUGCUUGGCUUUUGUUUGUUCAAUCUGUCAUUCCAGACAAGUGUCGAAUUUGUGUGAAUGUGUGUUUUAGCUCUAGCUUCAUUAAGGGUAAGCAAAUUGAGGAGUCUUCUAUUUAGAUUCCAGACACUAACAGUCAAAUUAAAAUACAACAUUGUUUUUUGUAACAUGUUUUUUACUUGUAUCAAGAUCCCUGUUUUCUUAUCAGGCAUCAUUGUUUAGAAUAAACUCUGGGAAUUGACAAAUUGUGCCCACUUAAUUUGUUGCCGCAGAAUACCAACAUUGGCAGGGUUCAGAUGAUAUUUCCCUAGCUUCAUCAACCAUGAUUUUUAUUAUCAUUUGGCUUGUAUGCCCCUUGCUUAUCCAAGCCCUUGCAUACAAAUAUUCUUCAUUCUUUGCUUGUCUUAAUCUAGAGUUUCCCAUUGUAUCCAGCUGGAGAACUCUAGUUAAUGACUGUUAACCAUCGUAAUAAGCCAGGAUCUGUUUUCUGUACAAAUGAUAGAUUCUAAGUUAAUCUACUUAGCAGAAUUGGAAAAGGGUGGGUUUGUUAUAUACAGAUUGGUCAGACUCUGUUUGCUCAGGAAUCUGAAAAUUUGUUAAUGCUGUCUAAAAGGUUUCUGAUCCAACAAUUAAGAAAUAUUUUCCAGGUUCCCUUCCUGAAGCAGAAAUGUAAUUUCUACUAUCAAAUGCUGAUGGGCCUGGUGAAAGGGGAGCUCUUAUAAGGCUGGGAUGCAGUUCCAGUGAAAUAAACUUCUGGUGCUAUUUCAGCAUAAUGAUUUUUUGUAGUGAAACCUGCAUUUCAUUAAUGCUGGUUGUUAUUCAUGUUGUAUCUCCAGAAUUAUAAGCAUAGUAAUCAAAUUGACUUCCUUGAUACCUUUGCUUCCUUCCAUAUUGGGUAUUAAUAAACCUACCCAUCAUCCUGGGGGCCUGGUUUUGCUAGUGGCACUUGGUGUAUUAUAUUCAAUUAGAAUUAUGCUCCAAAGACCAUUUGCCAAAAUAUUUAGAUAUACAGUAAGCCAAGGUUUGCCCUAGUGUACAUUCAAUAGGGAACUGCAGAAUAUUGUAGCUCCUGAUGAGUGUAAUUAAAUGCUACAUGUGUCUUUACAAAUGUAUUUGUUUGAUAUUUAUACUUCACAUUUUUAGGCAUGAAAAUGUUUCAAGCCUGUAUCUGAAAUUAUUCUUUCCUUAAAUUAGCUUAAAAUUGAUGUAGGCUGAACACUCUGAAAGGAGAUAAUAUCUGAAUGAUCAGGAAUGAAAUUGAUCUUGUCUCUUUACACAGCUUACUAGUUGAGCCUUCUAAAGUUAAUUUCACUGUAAUUGGUAUACAAACAAUAAACGAAUACUGAAGGAAGAGAAGAGCAAGCAAGACACAACAGACUUUCUUCUCGUGUUCAGAGAAGCUCUAUUUUACUUACUCUACUAAAUAGUGCAAGGAUUAGCUUUUGCCCAGUGGGAUUUCCCUCCUUCUAUGUGUGCCAUGUGCUGUCCCUAAAUCUGCUCCAGAGGGUAAGGGGACCCCUCUGGAACAGAUUUAGGGGGUGCAUAGGGGAGAAAAGGGGAAGAAUGUUCCAUUGCGCAAGGAUAAAUCCUUGCAGCACCGACUGAACAUUUUGCAUAACACUACACUGAAUACAGCCUGUUGGCUCUUGUCAAACAAGCAAUUUAAUGCAUUCAUCAAUUACCUAUUUGUGUUUUAAGGUGGUUUUACUGGGGUUUGCCUCAAAUGACUACAGUACUGUUCCUUUUCCUCACUUGAAGUAGAUAAGUUUCAAGCUGACCAGUUUAUUCAGUUCAGAUUGAGGCACAUUUGCUCCUACAUAUGAGUUAGUCUAUGACAAUCCUACUAGUACAAUAUUAUAUUUUGGAGCUUGUGUGAACUUCUCUAUCACCCCCCUUUCCAAGCCAGCCUACUACAUACUGGAUUUUUUUGUUGUUGAAAAAAAUGGUUAGCUCAGUUGGUUAAAGCGUGGUGCUGAUAAUGCUAAGGUUGCAGGUUUGAUCCCCAUAUGGGACAGCUGCAUGUUCCUGCAUUUCAAGGGGUUGGACUAGAUGAUCCUCAGGGUCCCUUCCAACUCUAUGAUUCUGUGGCAUUGAAGUGGGCCUAUAAUCCCCUUGUAUUAUUCCUGAUGUACUGUGCUUUGCAUCUGGUCCUGGUUUUAUAAAGCUGAGUCCUUAUGAGAAUUGAAGCAUAUCUGACUUGCACUGUGAAUACGGUUCACAAGGAUCCAUCAACAACCAAUGCAAGACAUUUCCUGGAGAAAUAGGUAGUGUAUAGAAACUUUGGAAGGGACAGAUGCCAAGAGCGUUAUAGACACUAAAUUCAUUAAUGAGCGACUCUCAACCCUUCGAAUAAAGCUCACCAAAAACCAACAGGCUACUAUUAUAAGCUCUUAUGCACCAACACUGGAUGCCGAAGAAGACAUUAAAAAAUAAAUUUACUCUCAGCUGGAUACCGUCCUAUCAGAGACACCUAAGGAAGAUAAAAUUAUCCUCCUGGGUGAUUUUAAUGCAAGAGUUGGGCGAGAUUUCGAUCUAUGGCCUGGGACUAUUGGGAAAGAAGGAGUUGGCAACAGCAACCAGAACGGAAUCUUACUUUUAAUGAUAUGAUUCUUCAAUGAUUCUUCAGCUUUGUUGGACUGGUCAUGUUGUGCGGAUGCCUGAUGGAUCAUCUUCCAAAGCAACUAUUCUAUUCCGAACUUUAAAAUGGAAAGCGUAAUGCUGGUGGUCAACAAAAGAGGUUUAAAGACUGUCUCAAGGCAAAUCUUAAAAAAUGUAUAAAAAAAGUAUAAACACUGACAACUGGGAAACACUGGCCUGCGAGCAUUCCAGUUGGAGAACAGCCUUUACCAAAGGUGUCAUGGGCUUUGAAGACACUCGAACUCAGGACGAGAGGGAGAAACGUGCUAAGAGGAAGGCACACUUGGCAAAUCCACACCGUUAUCAACUCCCGCCCGGAAACCAAUGUCCCCACUGUGGAAGGACGUGUGGCUCCAGAAUUGGCCUCCACAGUCACUUACGGACUCAUUGUUAAAACCAUGUUUAUGGAAGACAAUCUUAUUCGGCUAUGAGUGAUCGCCAAAGAAGAAGUUCUGGAUGAUAAAAUUUCAGGAACUAUCCAAAUUUGCAUUCUAAUGAAUGGACCUUUUCUGCAACUUGCAUUUUAGGUGAAUCUUGUAAUACAGUGGUACCUCGGUUUACGAACUUAAUCCGUUCUGGAAGUCCGUUCUUAAACAGAAACCAUUCUUAAACCAAGGCGUGCUUCCCCUAAUGAGGCCUCCCGCCUCCAGUGCCCUUCCACCGUUUGGAUUCUGUUCUUAGACCGAGGUAAAGUUCUCAAACCAAGACACUAUUUCCGGUUUUGCGUAGUUUGUAAACCAAAUCGUUCUUAAACUGGACUGUUCUUAAACCGAGGUACCACUGUACAAUAAGCCUGCAACUUACACAGGGGUUACAUUCCAGGGAUCAUGCCUAAAGCCAUAAUCCCGUAUAGUCAAAACACAAUGAGUUCAACAGCAAACAGGAUUGCCAAAGUCUUCUUUCCCAGAUCCUUGCCCGCUUUUUAUUUUUUAUUUUUUGCCAAGCACAUAAAGUCGAAUACACACAUGGUAAAUGAUUGUAAGUUGGUGUAGCGGUUAGCAUGUUGGACUAGGACCUCAAAGAAACCAGUGUUCAAAUCCUCACUUGGCCAUGAAACUCAAUGGGUGAUCUUGGCCAGUCGAUGCCUCUCAGCCUGACCUACCUCACAGGGUUGUUGUGAGGAUAAAAUGGAGCGGGGGCAUGUGUACUUGAGGUCCUUGGAGAAAAAAGUGGGAUAUAAAUGCAAUAAAUAAAUUACUAAUAAAUAAAUAAAUAAUAGUGGAGCAUGGGGAUUGUGUUGGGGUCCUGUAGCAAACCUCUAGUGUGAUGCUUUGAAUGUAUUUUUUUUAAGUGUAUGAUGAAAUUUAAUAUAAUUGCUGCUUGCAAACUUUUAAAAGUUUUGUGUGUGUGUGUGUGUGUGCAUGCACGCACAUGUACAUUGUGUGCCUUUUGGGGGGAAGAGCUAAAAUAUUUCUAUUCGUGCUAAAGCAAUCAUAAUGCAAAUAGCACAGAGCCCAUGCACACAGUUUGCAGGCUUGUGCAGUUCAUUUUGAAGAAGAAAGGGGAAACAUUUAGUGCAUUCAUGAAAUACUGCUGAAAUAGAAAAUUGAGACAGUUCAUCUAUUUGUGGAUCCUUGCUGGCUGAUAACACAAAUAGACUCUGAAAAAAUCCUAGCACUCCUUUUGUGAAGUGAAAGUUAACUCCAUGAUAUACUUGUUUGUUCGGAAGGUUUAGUGCUUGUAUUUUCAAACAGUAGUCUGGGCAUUCAUUUACUAAUGAUGAAUGGAAGUACAAGAGAGCUGACAAAUGUACAAGCUUAAUGCACGGUGACAGCCACACAGAGAGCUCUUUUCAUUUGCGGCUUUUCAGAGUCAUUUUAAGUUGGUGCAUUUAGCCAAUCAGCUUUCUCCACUCUGCUGACAUCACUAACUAGCCAGUUCCCUCCAGCUGCAGAGAGCUUCAGUUUCUUUUUUUUUAAAACUAAAAUGGAGGCUGGUUUCUUGCCUUAAGGAGUACACCGCUUUCCCUGCUGAAGCCUAGAUGUUGACAUGUAAUAAAGCUGGCAGCAGGAUGGUGGUGGACGCAGCCAAUUCAAACGGGCCAUUUCAGCCCGUGGCCCUUCUGCAUAUUCGAGGUGAGUUAUUUGUGUUUCAAUGAAUUGUAACCCUCUGUGGCUUGGUAAUAAAAGGCUAUUGUGAUUCUCGGGUAAGGAAAGCAGGAAGUCCUUUGUAGCAGAAUCCAUUUUUGUUCCGAUGCAGAUUUAUUAAAGUUGAAAAAAUAUAGGGGAGUUCUAUUAAAUCUUGAAAAGAUUUAAGAAUCGGAAGGGCUGCUUGCAUCGUUAAACAGGUUUUGCUGCUUUCUGCCCUAGUGCUCCCCUCCCCCCACUUUCAGGCUGAUGUCAAAGGAUGUGAAGUCACUACCCCAGAAAAAGGGGGGGGGGUUGGAGGGAAGAGAGGCAGGGCACUUAAGUUACACAGCAGUUCUUUCAGAGAAUUGCAGCUCUUUGUGGCAUAUGUGAGCGAUAACGUGCAGUAAAAGGAUUUUUGUGUCUACAAGUGAGGGUUCAUUUUUGGCUUCUGUUUAGGUUUGCAACUAAACAGGAAAAUGUGACUGAGUGAUACAGUCCAUUGCAUUAUAGAAGGCAGCCACUAUAUAUUUAGGAAACAUCCAACAAAACAUGCUUUUUGAAACAUACAACGCUGACACUGUGAAUCUUAAAACAAUUUUACAUUGCUGUGUGGAGCGCUGAUUAUAGAGAGCAUAAGUGUAUUCUGCCAUUGGGCGUCUUAGAAAUCUGUAGUGUGUUUUUAAGUACAGUACCUUAAACAAUUCCUAAAUUCUCUCAAAUUUGAUUCCAGUUUGCUUUGUUUCAAACACUUGUGGGAUUCAUUGAUUCACGGCUUCUGAACAAAUCAAACAUUAGCCAAGAUACUGAUUCUGUGUUUCUCUUUGAAACUACAAUCCCAAAUGCCAGUAUUGUUACAGGAUUACUGGAUGGCAUCUCCUCUAGUUUUACUAGCAAGCUAACAGCAUUAUAAACAUACACCAUUCCCCACUCCCUUAUAAGCAUUCUUGGCAGAGAAAGAUUUCUAAGCUUUACAUGAUGGAGACUUCCAAAAAUAAAAUUUAGCAAGGAGUGAUCUUACACGUUUCUUGUCUUUGUUAUAAAAUUAUGUACAUUUAAAAAAAAAAUUUUACAUGCAAAGGAAUCUUGUAUUUCCUGCAUAUAUUUCUCUUCUGGCUGUAGUUUGCUCAUUUUAUUGAUAGAAGAGUUUAUUUAUGUUUGUAUUAUAAUUGAUGUGUGCUUUCACUACAAAAGUUAUUUCUUAAAAACAAUAACACUAAUGGUCUGUUCAGGACUUGCAGUUUAAAUAGAGGAUGCCUUUGUUAAAACCCUUAACUUUAGGGAUCACUAGUUAUGUCCUUUCCAUAGUGACCCUCAAACUCUAGCAGUGACUUUUUAAAAGUUAAGGCAAACCACCUCCAGCACUUUCAUUUCUUGAUAAAUACUGAAACAGUUUUAACUUGCACUAAAGUAGAGUGUGCUGAAAAACCUAAAUUGUCAGGCCAGUCCAUUCUUCUUUUCUUACACACUACCAACUUUUUUUACAAGUUUCUUUGCUCUUGAAAUAGCUUCCCAACUCGUAUUUGUAAUUGGGACCAAACAGUUGUGUAUAACUAGUGGCGUCUAAUGCCCACUAGACUUGGUGGGAAUACAAAGAUGUCAGGGGUGUGUUGUCAACGAGAGGUCAUGGGAAUGUGUCCGAAUUCUGAUAUUCUCCCCAUCCUCCUCCCUUGCAAGGUACAGUGGAUGCAUAGGUUAAUGUAUCUGCUUUACAAAUAGCACCUACCGGUAACUAAACUGGAAAAUAUCAUUCAGGAGAAGCUCCUGCUGUCACAGUUGCUUUUCUGCUGGGAGGAAAGUUGUAUGGCUUCCACUUUUUCUGUUUCUCUCGCUAUUCACCUACUUUGCAAAUAGUGGACACUGAAGUUGUAAUAAUAAUUUGGCACCUAAAUAUUUUAUCUUGGGUACCCGCUGUCACAAUUUCUAGUGUGGGUUCAUGCCAUAAUAGCCAUAUUUUUCUCAGAGGUAAGCCCCAUGGGGAAUUCCACUGGGGCUGCCACCUGAUAAGCAGGUUCAGGGUUGCAGCUGGAAUUGGCCACACAGAACUGUUAAGAAGGGACCCCCUAAAUUUCCAAACCUGUAGGAAAAGAUUAUUCUCCUCCCCCACCCCAGCUUUUAAAAUUUACCUAAGUGUCUUAUGGUCUUUUUAUCUUCACAACAACCCUGUAAAGUAGGUCACAGUACAAUUUUAGCAAAACAACAGAAAGGAUAGUACUAUCACCUUAAAAACUAAACAAAAUAUACAAUGGCAUAGCUUUCUUAGGUUGGACUCCACUUCAUCAGAUGCAUCGUUCUUGAUAAUCCAUGAAUCAGUUAUGCAGUAAUACUGUACAAUACUUUUGCUGUAGUAUUUAAAGUGCUACUGGAUUGCCCUCCAUUUCUGCUGUAAGCAGUGGAAGCGAAUCCUGUUUUUGGUAUAAGUACAGAGAAUAAUGUACCCAGCAGCAACAACGGCACCAAACAAUGAGUCUAUGGUAAAGGGGAGGAAUUUUAAAUUAUGGCCACAGAACAACUGCUGCUGUUUCUCGUGGGUAGGCAGAGGGAGCUCAUCUGCUUGCUCUCUGGCCCACAGGAGCACGGGGGGGGGGGAGGAAGAUGAGCAGCAGGAAAGGGCUGGCUCCAGAGAGGGGCUGCUUAAAAUGGCGCUCAGCCAGCUCAGCCCAGCCCCCUUCCUCUUCUAGGCAGGGCAGGGAGAAACCCAGCCCCCUUCCUCUUCUAGGCAGGGCAGGGAGAAACCAGGAGGAGGGAGGGAGGAGGUGCUGCCGCGGUGUGGGGGGGGGGGAAUGGAAUGGCGCAGCCUAAACAAACAGAAUCCCCACGCCGAUCCACUGACAGUUCGUGGGCCGGAUCCUGAAGGCAAUUGGGCUUGAUCCAGCCCGCGGGCCUUAGUUUGCCGACCCCUGCUCUGGUGGUUGGGGGGUGGGAAUGCGUAAAGACAAGACUCUUGCCAAGCGUCAUCCAGAGAAGGAAAAUGUACAGGCAACAGUAUGGUGAAACCCAUGGAUUUUAUACUGUCACCACCAACUACUCACGGUAACCCACAGUAUCCUUGCACAGAAUUAAGCAAGGGGGGCAUCCUUUAGCAAUGGGUGCCAAAUUAAUCCGGUGGGGUGAAGGCAGGACCUGUCACAAACAAUUUCCCCUCUCUCACACAUUCUGUUACACUUAAUGCAGGCUGGCGCUGUGGGUUAAACCACAGAGCCUAGGACUUGCUGAUCAGAAGGUCAGCGGUUCAAAUCCCUGUGACAGGGUGAGCUCCCGUUGCUCGGUCCCUGCUCCUGCCCACCUAGCAGUUCGAAAGCACGUCAAAGUGCAAGUAGAUAAAUAGGUACCGCUCCGACAGGGAGGUAAACAGCGUUUCCGUGCGCUAUUCUGGUUUGCCAGAAGCAGCUUAGUUAUGCUGGCCACAUGAAGCCGGAAGCUGUACGCUGGCUCCCUCGGCCAAUAAAGCGAGAUGAGCGCCGCAACCCCAGAGUCAGUCACGACUGGACCUAAUGGUCAGGAGUCCCUUUACCUUUUUAAUGCAGGCACACACUCUCCUGACACACUCACCUGUACCUCUGUUGCGCGUGCACGCGCACACACACACACUGGGGAGGAGAUACUCUGGACUGGAAACAGGGAAAGAAUGAAUCUGUGGGAGGAGAGCAUUUCUGUGCUUCCUGGUCACUAGGUAGCACAGGAGCAAGCCAGAGGAGAUGUUCAGAGAAGAUGAGGAGUGCCUUCCCUUCCUCCCUGAGAAAAUUCACACCCUUUCUUUUGCUCUCUCCACAUUUGCUCUUUCCUCUCAAUCUCUCUCUCUUUCUCUUUCUCUCUCUCUCUCUCUCUCUCUCUCUCUCUCUGUGUGUGUGUGAACAAAUACUAGUUGUAAAAAAAGAAAACCAAGCUGCUCAAACUAGCAAACUUUCCCCCAUGCCUGCCUGCCUACAAAGUGUGCUUCAAGCUGUUUGGAGGUGUGGUCUUGAAGGUAGCAGCCAUGAGCAUACUCAGAACAGCUCCUGGGUCUACCCAAAAGGUCGAUUACAUUAACUAGAUUGAGAUUAUGACAACAGUGCCGGGGGCCGGGGGGGCAUUUACAAUCAGGGCAGAUAGCUAGUAGCUUCUUGUAAGAUAAACACUGUAAGGCAUUUUAAGGGGUGUAUAAUAUUUAUUACGCUUAUAUGCCACGUGUUACUCCAGGGGGCUCAAGGCGGUGUGCAUUGUUGUCCCUUCCCUAUUUUAUCUUCACAACAACCCUGUGAGGUAGGUUACCAGGCACUGUCUAAUUAAAAAAAGAUGUUUCCCACAGGGUUACAAUCUGCCGCUGACCCACUGUUUUUUCCUUGUGAAGAAUACCAUAUAGAUAGUGUUCUACAGCAUUGUCUAUUUUGUCUAUAUAUUUAACUGAAUGUUAGUUCAUAACCAAUUUCAUUUGUCAUAGUUUUUCAUUAGGAUAAUAAGUAUAAUGUACGAAUUAAAAGCGUGCUCAGAGUGAGGAAUGUUGAGUAAGAUUCAUGAGGGAUUGUUGGGGGCGGAAGAGAAAGGGGCGAAGUGCCCAGUUCCUGCUAGCUCAUUAUUCAUCUAGAAAUCAUUGUUCAGUUUGGUUAUGAGUGUGCCUAUGAUAAACUGGAUUUGUGGAGUAGUCCUAACAGAUCAGCUUGCUGACUCACACACUGGCGUUGAAAGUGGAUCUAAUGCAUGUGAUGUAACACUUAACUAGAUAAUAAAGAUGCAACAGCUUCCCUCUGAUCUUGAUCAGUUAAAUGUAAAAGAGCGCAUGCAGCAACUGAAAAAGCAUUCACAUGAACUCGAAAGUGGUGGAAUACCAUUUAAUAAAUGCUGGGUGUAUCAGAUAUGGAUGCCACUCAGAUCAAGCCAGGCUAUGAUAAAGCAAGUUCAGUGUGGAUAUGCGACGAAGCGGAAGGCCAACCAGUUUUAAGAGAUUUUGCCUUUGUCCAAUAAGCUUAGUAUUUAUUGGUUAGAUUUGUAUCCUACUGUAUCUCCAAGGUCUUCGGAGUUGUAGAUUAUGCUGAAAGUGACGUCUCCAAGCCAGCCAGUGAGGUUCAUAGCUUAGUGCAGGUGUAGGCAAACUCGGCCCUCCAGAUGUUUUGGGACUACAACUCCCAUCAUCCCUAGCUAACAGGACCAGUGGUCAGGGAUGAUGUGAAUUGUAGUCUCAAAACAUCUGGAGGGCCGAGUUUGCCUAUGCCUGGUUUCAUGUCUGUUGGAGGACCUCUUCCCUUCUCCCGAGAGGGCUGCAUACUGGCUUGCAGUGUACAUAUUUUGUUAGAAAUUAGUACAGCCAUUGGUGAAAAGACAGCUUGACAGUGCCACUGCAUGACUCUGUAUCUGCAUUAUUGUCCUUUAAAAGGGUGACAAAAAUCCCUGUUGGCAUUCAGGACCCUGUUAAAACCUGCAAUACUACUAAUAAGGAUAAGCAUUUAUGCAGCCUUAAGCAUUCAAAGCACUUCACACCUUAUAUUAUUGUGAUAAUCCUUACAAGAUUUGUAAGGGUGGUCCGUAUUAUUAACCCAUAUCACAGAUUGAGGGGUGGGGCUAGGACACACUGGCUUGCUUAAAAGCUGUGAAAUAAGUGCAUCACGGUGGUGAGAUGCACACUGACAGCUUUGUGAGUCAUAGCUUGAGCCUGUGACUACGCCACCCCAACUUUGGAUAUAUAAUUAACCAAUCAGUGUUUGCCCACUCCUUUCUCUGCUGUCUUCCUUGUUCCCCUGUUCUCACACUCUCUGCUGUCCAUCCUGCCAUACUUCCCAGGCUUUUGAGACCUAGGAGGACAGUGCGAUAGGUCUUGCACUCCUCUCUCAAGCCAAGAAGCAGUAAUGCAGCCCUACGAUGUUCAGUUGCUCUCAUGGUUUCAAAGGUCCUGUAGCUUUGCACAGGAAUGUCAAAUCAGGAAUAGCUUCCUACUACAGUGGUACCUCGGGUUAAGUACUUAAUUCGUUCCGGAGGUCAGUACUUAACCUGAAACUGUUCUUAACCUGAAGCACCACUUUAACUAAUGGGGCCUCCUGCUGCUACCAGAGCACGAUUUCUGUUCUCAUCCUGAAGCAAAGUUCUUAACCUGAAGCACUAUUUCUGGGUUAGCGGAGUCUGUAACCUGAAGCGUAUAUAACCUGAAGCGUAUGUAACCAGAGGUACCACUGUACCAGUAUCAUUGUUUCUUAGUGCUGUUACAAGCUGGUUAUUCCCCACCCCCACCCCCAAUUUUGUAUUUAGCUCAAGAUCGGCCGUUUUUAGAGUUUGAAUUCCACAGAGAAUCACCACGUUAUUUAGCAAAUUUCAACAGUUUCUCUCGUGGUAUGAAAACCAGUAUUAUGCUGAUUGUGUCGUGAAUGCCAGCCUUUUGUAGACAGCUUUCCAAAACAUAUCCCACUCCGGCUGGAACAAGCAAGUUGUGACCUGUCAUUCUGAUGCUGACAGACUUUCAGUCAUGGUGUGCUACUUGUUUUUGAAGUUACUAAAUAUGCGCUGGCUGAAAGGCCUAGCACACCUUUCUAUUGCUUAAGGAGAUUUCUCUGGUGACAGUUGUUAACUGUGUACGGCAUACUUUGGUUUGGGAAGAUCACUACAGGCCAGUAGUUCAGUUUGAAUCCUUGGGGGGGGGGGGCGACAUUUGCCAACCCUGCAAACAUCUACCAUUUCAUUCCUUUAUUGAUCAUUGCUUUUCGUCAAAGGGCAGAAAGACAUGCCUGUGCAAAAGCAAGAUGCACAAAAUAAAGUGGGUGGGGCUGUUGUCUGAAGUGUGUGUUCCUACCUGUUCUAGAGAUUAAAAUUCUUCUGUCAUACUGUGAUUGGCUAGUAGGCCAAUCCUUUUUGGGUGAGGCUGCUUGGCCUCUGUUUUCCAUUAUUUACUUAUUUUAAAAUAUGCUGCCUCUAUUGUAUCACCAAGAUGAUGUACAGUAAAAAAAUCAAUACAAAACAACAUUUAAAUAUAAAAUAAAAACUAUUCCAAUCUUUGGGGAGGCAGACUUUGUUGAUUUACACAUUGAUGUGGCCCGUUAGCAGACAGGAUUAUUUUGCAAGGGAAAACCACACCCAAUUAAUUCCCCACUAUGUCUGCAUGGCUGCUAGCCCAAUUAAAAAAGAGGGAAGAAAAGAUUUGUUUGGUUCUUUUUCCUUCUUCUAAGCCAUUUGGCUUAGAAGUGAGAUGGGCGCACAACCCUAGAGUCGGACAUGACUGGCCCGUACGGGCAGGGGUACCUUUACCUUUACCUAAGCCAUUUGGACCACACUGGAUACAGGAGUAGUACUAUAAUGUUACUGAUACCAGCCCAUCUCCUUUAGUUUCAUGUGUCCCCAAUGACAAUGUUAAUUAACUGUUUGGGGGAUUCGAUAGGAAACCUUGGAGCCUGAAGCAACUCUAGUUUCUGUUCUUUCAUACAGAAUCUUGGUGAUUUCCUCAUGACGCUUAUAUUUUUGGACUCUUGCAGUUUUUGAAUUUUUAUGAUUAUGCUGUUACAGCAUCCAUGAACAUAGUGUGCAGAGAAUGAAAAGACAAGUCUGUGCCCCAAGAGGUUUACAGUCUAGAAAAUGACAUAAAGGAGACAACAAGAAAAGACAGAAGCUGGAAGCAGGAAUAGAAAGGGGGAGACUAUGUGAUGUGUACAUGUAAUUAGGUACAGUAAUUCUUAGAUACAGUAGGGAAUGGGAACUAGAGGCUUCUCAGAAAAAAUGGAUUUUGAAGAAGAGUUUAAAAGAAGCAAGAAGUGACACCAUAGAUUAUUUCUGAGAUGCAGUUUCAGGCAGAAUGAACAAGGGAGAAAAGGAAGAAUUUUUUGACGGGGGCCUUUGAAGUUUGAACCUGGAUGAGAUCAUAAUGGUGGGGGUUGUGCCAUGGAGAUUUUUUUGAAGGUAAAAACAAUAAGAAUGUGCAGAAUCUAUGAAUGGAAAGCUAACCUGUGUAGGGAUUUAAAAGAGACUGUGGUAUGGUUGGAGGAAUGAGAGAAGUGAAUUAUUUUGACAGCAGAGUGCUGGAUAGAGGUGAAGGACCAGAUGUAAGCCAACAGAAAAGAGAAAAUGCAAGGUGAGAGAUGGCCGAGAUGGACCAGAGUUUUUGUCUCAUUUUUUUUUUAAUGUUGCCUAGGGAGAAGUGAUGUGAUUUGGUAACAGGCAGCAAAAGAAGGAUGAGUUAAACCCAUGACCUUUUGCCAGAUCAAUAGGAUAGAGGAUAUUGUCAUUGAGAGAAGAGAGCUGGGAGAAGGUACAGCCCAGCUGGAUCACAACAGUGGCCCAUCUAGUCCAGCAUCCUGAUCCUUCAUGGAGGACGUCGAACAUUUAAAAAACUUCCCUAAACAGGGCUGCCUUCAGAUGUCUUCCAAAAGUCAGAUAGUUGUUUAUUUCCUUGACAUCUGAUGGGAGGGUAUUCCACAGGGCAAGCGUCACUACCAAGAAGGCCCUCUGCCUGGUUCCCUGUAACGUCACUUCUCACAGUGAGGGAACCGCCAGAAGACCCUCACAAGUGGGACCUCAGUGAAUGAUGGGGGUGGAGACACUCCUUCAGGUAUACUGGGCCGAGGCCGUUUAGGACUUCAAAGGUCAGUACCAACACUUUGAAUUGUGCUCGGAAGGGGUUUGAAAUGAUGACAAAGCAUUGAAAUAUCCGAAAGGCACAUGGAGAUGCAGAAUUGGAGGGAGAAGGUUCUAGCCUAGAGAGUCAAAACCCUUCUGUCAGCACUAUUGGUGGUACUGAAAAUCAUUAGGUGUGAUGCUGGGUAGAGGGAGAAUAGUGAAGAGUCACUCCCUUGUGUCCUGCGCAGCCAUUACAUAACCCCUAAUGAAGACUAUACUCAGAAAGACUCAAGAUUCUAAUCAAUGUUCAGAUUGUUGCUUACAGAUAUAUCACUUGAAGCUACCAGGCAACUAGGUUUCUGAGUACCUUUGCUGUUGGAUCAGCAAUUCCUAAACAUUGCAUUGUGAACCAUUAUUCUAGUUGUUUCUUCUUCUUCUUCUUCUUCUUCUUCUUCUUCUUCUUCUUCUUCUUCUUCCUCCUCCUCCUCCUCCUCCUCCUCCUCCUCCUCCUCCUCCUCCUCCUCCUCCUUGCUGCCACUUUAUUUCUUAUAUUGCAGGGGCCAUAGCAUUCAACACCCAUGAUUUCCAUGCUAUGCAAACAAUCUGUGUGGUGAGAGAGACCCGUGUUAUGGCUGCUGCUUGGAACAGCUGCCAUGUAAAAGUCUUUCAAGCAUCAGCCUCCCACGCAGUGACCAUGAUCUGAGAAUCUCAGUAAUGAACAGGAAGCACAAAUAUAACAACACUUAUCUACUAUCUAGCCAUACUCGCACACCCAUUGUUGGAAUUUAUAAAAACUGGAACUCUUCUGUAACUUCACAUAGUAAAAUGAUGCAUCAGACUAGGACUUAGAAAUUCAGGCUAGGAGUGCCACAGAAUUCUGACUGGGAUGUAGUGAAGGCUGAGUCUUCUUUCUUCAGAGUUUAGAAAUCUAAAAUAAUUGUCUUGUUGAAUCAACUGUGUGCAUUGCAAUUGCAUUGCUAUUUCUAUUAUUACCCGGUUUUAGUUUAGUUUAAUUCCCGUCUUCCAUUUUUUUUCUCCUACUGAAAAUAAACCAGUGCCUUCUCUAAAAAUUUCUAUAAGAAAUUGUUAGCCUAUGUGACUGAGCUUUGUGCUUUGUUGUUGUUGUUUAGUCGUGUCCGACUCUUCAUGACCCCAUGGACCAGAGCACGCCAGGCACUCCUGUCUUCCACUGCCUCCCGCAGUUUGGUCAAACUCAUGCUGGUAGCUUCGAGAACACUGUCCAACCAUCUCGUCCUCUGUCCCCUUCUCCUUGUGCCCUCCAUCUUUUCCAACAUCAGGGUCUUUUCCAGGGAGUCUUCUCUUCUCAUGAGGUGGCCAGAGUAUUGGAGACUCAGCUUCAGGAUCUGUCCUUCCAGUGAGCACUCAGGGCUGAUUUCCUUAAGAAUGGAUAGGUUUGAUAAUCUUGCAGUCCAUGGGACUCUCAAGAGUCUCUGAGCAUUGUGGUUAGAGAUCUUUUGCCCUCUAUAACUUGUCUUUAGACCAUCUCAGAGGUCCAGAGAGGCCUGGACUACUUGCAGCUUUUGAGGCCCCUAGUUGUAAUAAAAAUUUGAAAAAUGAACAAGUUUGUAUAUAUAAUAGCUGGUUUAGGAGGGCAUGUUCAUCACAUGUUCAUCAUUCUUGUGCCAUCAUGUUUAUGUACAGUGGUACCUCGGGUUACAGACACUUCAGGUUACAGACUCCGCUAACCCAGAAAUAGUACCUCAGGUUAAGAACUUUGCUUCAGGAUGAGAAUAGAAAUUGCACGGCGGCAGCAGGAGGCCCCAUUAGCUAAAGUGGCACCUCAGGUUAAGAACAGUUUCAGGUUAAGAACAGACCUCCAGAACGAAUUAAGUUCUUAACCCGAGGUACCACUGUACAUUUUAAAUUAUUCAAGAUGACAAAAUCUAUAUCAGUUAAUGAUGACCUAUGUUCUUGACCAGAUUGCAUAUUUUAUUUGCUUAUAUUUGCAGCUCUAACCCGAGCGUGUGUAUCACAUUUUGGUUGAGUGUACAUAAAAACAUAACCUUCCCCCCCCCCAUCCUAUACACAAAUAGAGAGAAGGAGUUGAGCCUGAUUGAAUAUCAAAUACUUUAGAGACAAAAUUACUUAUUUGCAGUAGUUCAGGUGGGGGAGUUGUGGAGGGGGGGUUAUGGUUUUAAAAAUUAGAAUGUCCCAUAUUUGGGUAACUUUCAGUCAGUUUUGGCCGGUGAUGUUCAGAUGUUACUGGAGGCAUGAAAGUGUCUGCAUUAGCCCCGUGCCUGUCCUGAUUGUCGGCUGUGGUGAUUGUGGUUGAUCAGUCCUACUGAAAAAAUUAUACCUUCCCAACUGGUUAGCAGCAUUUGCUUUCUAAGAUAGGUGUUUGAGGACUACUUCACCUGUUACUUUUUCUGAUACAAUGGUUGCUUAGGGGAAAUGUGUGUGCAGUUAUUUAUUUAUAAGAUAUAUAUUUUACUAUAGAGCAGGUAAAACAAAAAUAAAAGAAGUUAGACUGUUUGUUUUCCAUUAUAAAUAGAAGUAAAACUUUCCCAAGCAAAGUCAUGAGGUUGAGUGGUGGUCCAAGUCUCUGUCCUCUGCAGAUAGAUGGGUUGUGAUACUAGCACAUUUAUUGGCUUCCCAGUUCACAUGCACAUGUUAAGACAUUUUCACUGUUCUUGUGCUAUAAAAUUUGCUGGAACCGCAUCUCCACAUUAGAGUAUCCUAUGGAAUGAUCCUAGUUAGGAUCAGGAUUGUGUCUGUAUUAAGAUCUCUACUAGUCUGGAUUUGUAGCUGAUCACAACAGUCUGACUACAUUUAUGUGGUUUCUAGUCAAACAAGAAAAAAAAGUUUUUUUGUAUGUCCUAUUUGAACUUUCUAUAGCCGUGGCUAAUAUUGAUCAUAAGGUAUAAACUGACAGACUAGCAAGAGAGUCUUCUUCAUGAGGACUUCUCAGAAGAUGAUCUCCUUGAGAAAUCCAGGUGUAGCCAGGUGUAGUGUUCUUCGGGUUUUAAUGAUGUAUAUAUAUGUGUGAUCAAGGUACCCAUGAUAACCUGAAACAUAACUGAUUACAGGCCACGAAGAAUAGAGAUAAUUUACAAAGAAGAAAUUUACAUAAUUAAAAAAAAUACUCAGGAGACAACAAAGUAUUCUGUGGCAUUCCUUAUUUCAUAUGAACAUAUGCUAUCAACUCAGCAUUGCGUCGCAUUGUGUUAAUAUCCAUUCUUCAGCACAAGAUGCUUUGGUUACUUUAAAAUAUGUAUAUAUAACAUAAAUCACUGUAGCAGUAAUAUUUUAUGAAGAAUUGCUUCAGUGCACUUUCCCCAAAAAUGUUACACCUUUGUGCAAGUAGAUCCUUUCCAGCCCCCCCACCUUAUCAGAGAACCAGAUUUACAACUUACCACGGCCCUACCAUACGUAGAAAGAAGAGCCUUUUGGAUGCUAUACAUUUUAUGGUUUCCAUGGUGACACAAUGCCGCAGAGACAUCUUGAAACAAUAUUCUCACAAGUUAGCACAAAUAUAAAAAUGUCCUCUUUCCAAUAAGGAAUCCCAUGUUGUACUAAUCAGAAUCUUUUUUCCAUUGUCUUCAAUUCUUUUUACACAAUCCACUGGUAGUAGUAACAUAUGAUUAAGCAGGAAAGCUUUGUCUACCACACUUGCCAUUAUGCUUUUUUUCAGAAGAAUACAGUUUUUCAUGAUUAAUUUUUUAUUUGGAAUAAAUUACGCAUCACUUCCACUUAAGGCUACACAGCAUGAUUAGGUAGUUUUUUUAAACAUUAUUAGUAUUUAUGUAGGUGAGGCAUUUUGGGUGUAACCUCAUUAUCCUUUCACCAACUCAAGUUGUCAAAUGCCGUUUCUUACUGUCAUGGCUAAUACUUUCAGACCCUACAGAAGUCCUUGUGCGAAUGAGAUUACUUCAUUGGAUGCAGCCUUAUGUAUUUAUGGAGAACUGGCACUAAUCAUGAAGUGAAAGUUGUCCAUUUCAACAUCUUAAAAUAAUCUAGAUCUGGGCUUUUUUGGAGGACUGUUCGUCAGACUAUUGUGCCUACUACUCAUUCAAUAUCACUCACUUCUACUCGCAUAGAUCCAUCUGAAGAGGCACAUACAGCUGCCGCCAAAUCACUCAAAUUGUAUACGUGCAGGUCCCGCUUUCUGAAUGCUCGCCAUGCAAAAAUGUUAAUUUACAACCAAAUGAAGCUUUCUUGAAGGCACAGCCCACUAAAAUGGAGGUUGCCCACCUUUCUGGAGUCAUUGGACAGAUCUGUAAAUUGCUGUGGGCACUACAAAUGUAGGCACUGCACCUUAGUCUAUUGGCUACAACAGAAUGCUUCUUUCUUGCCUAAUUUCAGCAAGAGCAGGAGACCCUGCGAAUGUCCUUUACCAGCGCUCAUGCACUAGAAUAUUAGUGCAAUGCCUGUCUGGUCUUGCACUUGAAAACUCUUUUCAGCAUGCCAUCAGGGCUGUGUGGGAAGAAAAGUAACUUUCUAUUUUUGCUUCGAGUUAGUCAUUUUGCUGGUGUCUAGAGGACAAACGGCUUAACUGUGUUUUUUGUUGCAUUUAAGCUGUAGUUGGGCAAAAGGACACUUGAAUAAUUAUUUAACUGGUUUUCUACCUGUGUCAUGCUGAAUGAGUAGGCUGCCUUGAGUCGCUCAGAUCACAGGAUAUUAGGAACAUCAUAUUAAAGUAAUUUACAGUGCUUUACAAAAGGUAAUGAGCUUGAGCAGUCCCUUUUUAAAGUAAAGGGCAGUGAAGAAGCCUUCUUGAGGAAGAAAUGAGCACACACUAAAAGUGUAGUAGAACUCAGGAGAAGUGGCAGAGUUGUUUUUCUGUGAAACUCUUUCAGGUGCUAGAUAAAAUGUCAGGUUUGCUUUAGGGCUAAAAUCUGGCUUUGUACAUUUUGUUUACUUUCCCUCACUCAGCUAGCUUUUCUACACUCUGCCUGUCUGAUUAUCUGAACUGGCAUCUUUUUAAAAUUUCCAAUGAUAUUUGUACUUAAAGUCACAUUCAUUUUUAGUGGUUUCACUUGCAGUUUAGAGCGUUUCUCUGCAGAGUAGCUUUCAAAUAUUUGUGUGGUUUCUCUGAACACCGUUUCUCAGAAUCGUAUUUCCACAUUAUGUCAAACUUCAUCUUGAUUUUUGACAUACUUUACAAAGCAAAACUGGCCGCUGUCACAUCUUUAUUGAUAAAUAAGAACUGCCACCAUUUUUCCUUAUAUUAUUUAGAAGGUUUUUAAGGCAGUAGUUAAAUGUGCAAUGAAUGGAAGGAGCUCCAUUUUCUUCUACUAUUCCGUCGUUCUUUUGUUCCAGUUUUAACCCAGGACAUAUCUUGAUUGAAACUUAAACUGAAAUUUGACUUUCUUGCAGUUCUCUUCCCCACUUUUUUCUAACACUAGUAGAUACCUUUUUUAUUUUUACUAAUAAACAAAAUGAACAAAAGAUGAAGAGCAUAAUGAAAUACUGUUAAGCAGGUGGAAAGCAGCACAAGAUUGGACACUGUCAUUGAACAUUGUUCUAAAACAUUUCUUAAAAUACGGAUUUUUCCAUAAACCAGCUGUGUUGCUUAAUAUGUAUACUUUUGUAAUAAGUUAGCUUAAUCAUAGUGACUAUGGACCAUAUUUUCUCAAUCCAUUCAGAUAUAGUAGGAGAUAGGCUUUUUCCAUUUUUUAGCUAUUAUAAUCUUAGUACUUAGAAGGUCAAAUAUUCUUUCUUGCUCAUUUUCCAGAAUAACAUCUUUUAGAUAACCAAGCAGCUAUAGUUUAGGUCCCAAAUGUAUAUGAUAUCCUAACAUAUCAGAGAUAUUAGCCUGAACAGAUUUCCAGGAUAUUUCUAUUUGAGAACAAUUCCCAAAGAUGUGUAUGUAAUCUGCUUUAUUUAAUCCACUUCUCCAGCAUUUAUCUGAUCCUUAUAUAUUAAGUUCAGUUUAUUAGGCAUUAAAUACCAUUGAUAGAGAGUUUUAAAAUAGUUCUCAUUUAGGUCUGCAGAAAUUAGCAGAACAUACAUUAUUUUACAUUUUUUGUUUCCUUUCCUGGGUAAAAAUAGCUUUCUUGUGCACAGAAAAGUGUCUGCCCAUUUAUUCAGUUUAUUUUUUUUAUCUCCAAACAACCUCUUCAUAUGUUCAUUCAUUCAUAGACAGACAGAGUAAGUUUAAAUAGCUCCAGUUUAAACAACAUCCAAAUCCUGUGCUUCUGCAGAGGUUAUUCAGCCUUCCUAUUGCAUUGGAGCCCUGGGAGCCAUUUAGGUCAUUUGUAAAAUAUUGCAUCUCAGCUAGUGUAUGCUUAUGAUCACCUGGCCAGGAUUAGCCCCAUCCUGUCACACAUUUUACCCGUUGUGUUCAUACAGUCGAUGUGUUUCAAGAGAAGUAUGACAUGUGGAAUGGUGAUUGUAAUUCAUGUUAGACCAUAGAAUGGUUGUUGCAUAAGCAGAUGCUAUACACAGUGUGGGAUGUUCUGAUUGGUUUAGCAUCAACAGGAAUUAUAUUCUCUAACAACAAUCAACCACAGUCCGUGACCAACUGGUGAGCCCAUUGGCUAUCUCGAAUUGCCAUUGCAAUCUCUAGCCCAGGAGUGAGGAACCUCUGGCCUAAGGCCAAUCUUGAGUCCCAAGAUGGCUCACAAGACCAUUCCCCCUCCUCCCCAAAAAACAAUGUGCCCACCUGCCCAUCAGCUGACACCCCUUGUGAUGUCAGUUGGUGGGCAGAAGGGUGGAGUUAAGUUCUGCUUUGACUGCAUGCACCUGUUCUCAGCGGGGAACUGGGGCACCCAGUUAGCGUGGGAAGGUUGAACCACCCAUUCAGGUCAUGAAUGGGGGAGUUAAAUCCUGUCAAUUCUGCAGGUUGCACACCUCUUUAUCAGAAGCUGCAACUUAUAAAUAUUUUAAAUAAAUGUGAAGUGCCAAAAGGUGCCAAAAGCAGAUAAUUUAAAGUUAAAUUUUUGCAGGAUUGUCAAAUGUCUUUAAAAUAAUUUCCAUGUUGUGAGUAUGGUACCCGUAUUGCUUUAUAUUUAGUUGUUUGGGGUCUUAGAAUUGGCUAAAGCGAGGCUCUUAUCCUGCCAGCCGUCAUAAGAAUGGUGUUCUGUUCUUAAAUAGCUGUCAUCUAGCACCUUCUUUGUGGUUACCAAGCUCUUUGCUAUCAAUGGUCUCCUAGUAACACUGACGAAAGCUGUAAUUGAAUUUCACUUUGCAGUGUGUGCUUUCUAGACUGUUCGGUUAAGUUGAUGCUUUUAUUUAUUUUGAAGAUGCAGCUCAGAAUUGCUAGAUAUGUGAAAUUUUAAUAAAAGCUAUCUUUCUUUGCCCAGAAUAAAACUUUUUAAUUGACUUGGCAUUUUUGGUUGCUCAAUUAAUAUAUUUUGCAAAUUGCUUGCACAAGACAUUACAUGCUGAACUAGAAGGUAUGAGUAACUUAAAUUUUCAAGGAACUUUGCCUUUGUACACAUGUGUAAAUUGAAGGUAUCAGCACGGGGAGUCUCAUUUCCUGUAUUUUCAGAAAAGUGCUGACUUCUCAAAGCUUCCCUGUUAAAAUGUGCAAAAUGUUUCUUUAGCACAGAUGAAAGCUAGAUGUUUUCUAAUUUACGCAAGAAGACAUUGCUUGAAAUUGCUAUAUAUGUGCUAGUAAAGGAGACUUGAGUUUUACAAGCAAGACAUUACUGUCUUGUCGCUAGAAAUCCUACCUCAUUCCUGAGACUGAGGCCUGGUCUUGAACCCUGAGAUGAUAAGAGUGGACUGUACAACCUCAAUUUUCUGGUGGGCAAUGUCAUUUUUGAAUAUUCCUCUGCAUUUAAAACAAAAGCUGCAAGAAGCAGGAAACUCAACAUAUUAAGGAUAACAUUUUAUCACAUUUCUAUAUUUAUAGGGAGAUUUGUUGUUGUUUAGUCAUGUCCGACUCUUCGUGACCCCAUGGACCAGAGCACGCCAGGCACUCCUGUCUUCCACUGCCUCCCGCAGUGUGGUCAAACUCUUGUUAGUAGCUUUGAGAACAUUGUCCAACCAUCUCGUCCUCUGUCGUCCCUUCUCCUUGUGCCCUCAAUCUUUCCCAACAUGUCUUCUCAUGAGGUGGCCAAAUGUAUUGGAGUCUCAGAUUCAGGAUCUGUCCUUCCAGUGAGCACUCAGGGCUGAUUUCCUUAAGAAUGGAUAGAUAGGGAGAUUACUAUAUAGGAAAGCAUUAAAAAUGUGAUUUCCCCACCUGCCACCUGAAAUGGUACUGUCUGUUUUACAACCUAAGGACUCCACCGCUCUAUUCUGCAGUAUGUAGCCAGAUUCAUAGAAUCAUAGAAAUGUAGAGUUGGAAGGGAUCACUAGAGUCAUCUAGUCCAACCCCCUGCAAUGCAAGAAUCUUUGGCCCAACAUGGGGUUCAAAUGUGUGGAAAUGAAGCCACGCUUCAUUUCCCAGCAUUCCCAUUUAUACAUAGUUUUGUUUGCUCUAAACUAUAGAGCUAACUUGUCAUAGGUGAACUUCAUGUCCUGUGUUUUACCACUGCAUAAGCAAACACCCCGUUUUUCUAGUCACAAAUGUGUGUAUCACAUUAACGAUUAAUAAUGAGAAAAGUACACGAUACACGUCUAUAUAAGUAAAUAGAGAGGCAGGAAAAAUAGAUUAUACACUAUGUACGGCACAAAACUUUUACAGCUAAAUCGUUAUCUCUUCGAAAAGUUCAUUGCAGUCUUCCACAAUACAAUAUUUUACAGACAAUAAAGACUGUACUGCAUAAACACAAUAUAGCAAUAAAGCAAUAUUUUCACUCCUUUCAGAUGUCCCCCCUGGAGAGCAAGAAAAGCUUUUUAUUCAGAAGUUGCGACAAUGUUGCGUCCUCUUCGACUUCGUUUCUGAUCCACUAAGUGACCUGAAGUGGAAGGAAGUAAAAAGAGCAGCUUUAAGUGAAAUGGUAGAGUACAUCACGCAUAACCGCAAUGUAAUCACUGAGCCCAUUUACCCAGAAGUAGUACAUAUGGUAAGUGAUUUAAAUGGAAUUUAUUUAUUUAUUUAUUUAUUAAAAAACAACCUUUUUGUUCAGAGUAAACUCCCCAUAAUUGAAGCUCACUAGGUUCUAGAACUGUGCUCCUCAAACCGUGGGCCUCAGCCUACUUGUCAGGUGGGCUACAGCCUGCCCCUUAAUUCAUGCAGUAGCCCUUUUGGUGGGCUGAAUGCUUGCAGGGGCAACUCCCUACAUGUGCACUACGUAGGCAUGUGGGGCAGUGGGAGUUGGUUGGAGAGCAAAGCAAGAGUGAAGCUGUAGCACACCAUGUCGGAGGACUAGAUAGGAAGGAAAGAGGUAAUGGCCAAGUGCGACAGAAGAAAGAAAAUGGGAAGGAGGGAGGCAAAGGAAACAUACUGCAUGAAGGAGAAGAGGAGGGAGGAGAAGCACCCAGGGCCACUGCUGAGUCUUCAAGCUCUCCUCCGCUUUUCUCAGACUCUCACAUUGCACACUCAACACCCCGGUUCUCUCUUCCUGCUGAGUCUGCAGCAGAGCCAGGAAGACUCCAUCCUCUGAAGGGAAGAGGCCAGAGGGACUGUUUGAGGAAAUGAGAAGUAAAAUGAAUAUAUUUAAACGUAUUAAUAUUAAAAUAUUCUACAAGUAAAGUAAUAAACUGGAAAUAGAGAAGAAGUGCAUAAGACAGGGAAGCCAUUAACAGCAAGAAGAUAGGACCAGAGAUUAAAGAAGGGGGAAGUUAAGGGAGGGAGGGAAUAAGGUAGAAGUAAAGCGUGAAGGGAGAAGUAGGGGAACGACAAGAGAGGAGAAGAAAUAUUUUGCCUGUUUCCACAUGCCUCUCAGAUUUUACCUAAACUGAAACGUAAGCCACUUUGUGCCCCGAAAGGUGACCUAUAAUUAAAUUUGCAUAUGAUGUAUUAUAAGAUUAAGAAUGGGGUGUGUGAGUCACAAUGCUCCAAAAUCAGUGCUGUACUUUGCUAUGGGACUCCCUGCCACUAGGAAAUGGAUGUGGCAAAAAGUAAUAUCAAUUUCAAAAGAGGCUAAUUAUGUCGCUUUGUACUGCAAUCUGCUGUCAUUUUGUAAGUGCCAUUGCCCUUGCACUGCCAUUUUAGGACAGGGGUCAGUAUUCUUUCACCCUCAAAAGGAUGCUGCAGUUGGAAUAUUGAGAACCCCUGAUUUAAAAGGGUUUUCUUUACGCUUCAUUUCCUACAUAACACACUGGCUAGGAUUUUUAGUUCAUAUUGUACUUUCAGGCUUGUCUUUUAUAACUAAAAUGUAACAGCACCAUACUUGCAGCAGCAUCAAGUGUGUUGUAUAAAUCUGACUCCAGUCUUGCAAAGUCUGCUUUUACUUUUGCUAGAAUCUCGAUCCAUUUGUAUGUUCUAAAUUUACAAAAGGGAGAGUUAAUAAUCCACUAAUUUUGGCAUUGCUUGCUAGCCAAACCCAUUACUUGUGGGCAUCACAAAGGUUGUCUUCUCCCCAAAUCCUCUGAUAUGUGCAGAUAACUCGUGGGGGGGGGGUUGUUUGCAAAAUUAACAAAGCAAACAACAUCACUAUUUCACAGUCUAGAGGCCCUCCAUGAAAAUACCAUCCUAAAACCAUCAUUGAGGGGAAAAGCCUAUAACCUUGAUGUUACUAAAGCGGUACCUCGGUUUAAGAACAGCCCUGUUUACAAACUGUUCGGUAUACAAACUCCACAAAACCGGAAGUAGUGUUCCGGUUAACGAACUUUACCUUGGUCUACGAACAGAAGCCGAAAGGUGGAAGGGCACCAGCGGCGGGAGGCCUCAUUAGGGAAAGCGCUCUUCGGUUUAAGAACUGCUUUGGUUUAAGAACGUGUCAUGCUUGGGUCUCCUAUCCUACAUGCCCAGCCCACUUUAGAAGGUGAAAGAGCACACAGAACAGUUUCUGAAGAUGACAUAAUUGUAUGGAUUAAGUUCAUAUGGGAGAAGAUGGCCCUUGAGACUUUACUGUCCCAAACCACUUAGAGCCCUAAAAAUUAGAAGCAGUACUUUGAAUCAGGCCUGAAAAGCAAAUAGAAACCUUCACCAAUGGCAUAAAAUCAGAUUGAUUUACCUGAGAAGCAUGCCCCUGUCAGCAGUCUAGCAGCUACAUUGUGGUCCAGUUUAAAGUUUCUGAACACUCUUCAGAGGCCACUUCCUGUAAGGCACAUUACAGUAAAUUUUAUCUGAAUAUCAGCAGACCUUGAGUAACUAGAAAAGAUCUCUAGGAAAGGGCACAGCUGGAGUUCCAACUAAUUGGCAGAAAGCAUCACUUGCUACUUCCAUCACCUGAACAUCUAGAAACAGUGCUAGUCUGAUCCUUAAGUUUGGAGUGGAACUCCAUUCAGCAAAGGAAAUAUACCUAUACCCAGUCCAGUCAUAUUUUUGAUUGAAAGCAUCUCUGAUUCAUCUGGUUUAAGUUUAAUGGUUCUUGCUCCUGAUUCCGUUACUCAUCUCAGACACCACUUUGUGACUCUUGCUGUCUCCUCCAGAAUUCAUUGGAAAAAGAGCAGGUGGUGUCUGUCUGUUGAUGGCACUGUAAACCAAAUCACAGUAACUAUUACAAACAUCCUGUAAAGUAUGCCAGUCUUAUUCCCCUAUUACAGAUAAAUGUUGGGGCUAAGGGAUAUUUGUCUACCUUAUGCCUACUCAGUGAGUUUAUUCCUGAGCUAAGAUUUAAACCAAGGUCUUACCAGGUCAUACUUGCAGACUUACCACUGCACUGUAGCAGUUAUUUAGGACUGCACGUGGUAGUUAGAACAAAAAUACAUCUUAAUACUUUGGUUUCAAAAGCAUAGAUAGUUGUACCUUGGAAGUCGAACGGAAUCCAUUCUGAAAGUCCGUUCAACUUCCAAAACGUUCGGAAACCAAAGUGCGACUUCUGAUUGGCUGCAAGAGCUUCCAAUCGGAAGCCGUGGAAGUCCCAUUGGACGUUCGUCUUCCAAAAAUAGUUCGCAAACCGGAACAGACACUUCCGGCUUUGUGGCAUUCAGGAGCCAAAACUUGCGAGAACUAAGCAGUUCGAAAACCAAGGUACAACUGUAUCUCUCUGAAUGUGUAAACUAAGAUCAAUGUAUUGAUAUUAUGGUAUGGCUAAUGUGCUGGUUUUUUUCUUGCCCCCUUUUAAUUUUUUUCUUUAGCAAACUUUUAAAUCAAGUUAAAAACACUUCUUAACAUUUAAUAGUCUUGAUAGUGAACAGAAUACUAGUAUACAUGGGAAUUCUUAAAAAAUAAUUACAAAACCUUUUGACAGUAAUUUACAGAAGAGCUUCCAAGAUACAGUAUUCUUUCCCUCUGGUUUACUGGACUUGUCCUAGAGGCAAGAUCCUUCUUUAUGUAAAGCAAAUGAAGUCAACAUUAUUUCUGGGGUAGCGAGAGAUAGAAACUUGGAGAAAGAAAUGCAGAAUAGCAAAACUUGUUUAGUGGUAUUUGGAAUAAGAUUUUUUCUUGCUGUGUAUUUACACUUGUUAGGAUGUCCCUGUUUAAUUUUUUUUGUUUUGUUUUUAAAUGGGAUUUUAUUGUAAUGCCACUUAGACAAAUGUGAUUUUUAGUUUGCAGUUAACAUGUUUCGCACACUACCACCUUCAUCCAAUCCAACGGGAGCAGAAUUUGACCCAGAGGAGGAUGAACCAACCUUAGAAGCCGCCUGGCCUCACUUACAGGUACUAUACAAACAUAUUUUUUUCGUUUCUCUGACUAAACAAAGAGGGACUAAAUUGCUGCAAAACAAAAGGUUUUAAAUCUGAACGCUCAACGCACUGGUUUGCUGUUCUAAGUUUCUAAUGGAUAGCUUACACCUUUUAAGACUGCAGUUUGACAUAAAUGUUAAUGAACUGUAACUUGGUUAUGUCAAUGUAGGUUUACUUUAAUCGUAAAAAUAUAAAUGAAUGUAUAUUACAGUAAUUGAUUUGGGCCUUUGGGGGCUUGUAGGGUUAUAGCUUUGAGACCUAAGUUCUUUUUAAAAGUGUAAGGAGCAUGGUGCCCACUGUUAUAUGAACGAAAACCCACAAAUAUAGUGUACACACAACACCGAGCUGGUUUAACUAAAGUAUUCGAGUGUUGAAUUGGGGUGGGUAGCAUAAAGGCCGGGGGUUGCAUAUGGUCAGCCAAGGUAUGCUCUAUUCAAUUUCCCACCUCUUUUCUUUCCAACAGAGAUUGACCAGCAGUUGUGUUUUGUUUCAGCCCAGCUUUGGCAACUAUUAGCCUCAAUUUGUGUCUUUCUCUAGCUACUAACUGAGCUCCUAUGAGGUCCUUGGGCAGGGAAAGUUCUGGGUGGUUCAUGCUCAUUAAAAAAAAUGAAGGGAAUGUAUACAGUUAGGAAGUCGAAGCGAUUAAUGCUGUUUAGUUUUUCUUUAAAUGGUGUUUAAAAUUGAGUACUAUUUUUAACUGCUUUUCAAAAUUCAAGUUGCAUUUCUGUUGUAAAACUAAUUUUUUUGUGGAUCUUUUUCAGCUUGUUUAUGAAUUUUUCUUAAGAUUUUUAGAAUCUCCAGAUUUCCAACCUAAUAUAGCUAAGAAAUAUAUUGAUCAGAAGUUUGUAUUGCAGGUGAGGUUAAAAAAUGAAUAUAUCUUCAAACUUUAAAUCCAUAUUAAUCUGAAAUAGAUUAAACAAGUAAAUGUGCGUCUCUUGCAGCUUUUAGAGCUCUUUGACAGCGAAGAUCCUCGUGAAAGAGAUUUUCUUAAGACUACUCUGCACAGAAUAUAUGGGAAAUUCUUAGGCCUAAGAGCUUACAUCAGGAAGCAAAUUAACAAUAUAUUUUAUAGGUAUGUUUUCAUUCUGUGCCGAUGCAAAUUAACUGUGUAAGGUAUUUUAGAAAUGUUGUAACUUUGAUGGUACUGCCCUGCUCCCCUCAAAUGUUGGCAGUGUUUCAUUAAAUCUGCAGGUAAGCCUUUUUUUAAUGAUGACUUUAGCAUUAUUUUAAUUUGCUGCUCCUGUUAAACCAAAUUAUGGGUGGGAAUAACAUGUUAAAAGUUCUGAGUACAGAAUUAGCUUUCAUUAUUAAUUUGUUUUUGGUGAGUUUUGGCAAUUUCUAUGCUUUACCUUUCAAAAGCUCAGGUCAAGCUUCCUUGUUUCCUUAAGAUUGGAGUUCUGUUGCAUAUACCUAUGACAACUUAUUCCAAUCCCCUAUGACCACAUUCUGGCUUGUGAAUUAAUACAGUUGUUAAAUUUAUUAUCCCCCGCCCUCCCCGUGCUGUGUACAGUGAGUAUAUGCACAUAGCAUUUGUUAAAAGUGAUUUGGAAAGAGGUGUGUACAGUGGUACCUCGGGUUACAGACACUUCAGGUUACAGGCGCUUCAGGUUACAGACUCCGCUAACCCAGAAAUAGUACCUCGGGUUAAGAACUUUGCUUCAGGAUGAGAACAGAAAUCGCGCGGCAGUCGGAGGCCCCAUUAGCUAAAGUGGUACCUCAGGUUAAGAACAGUUUCAGGUUAAGAAUGGACCUCCAGAACAAAGUAAGUUUUUAACUCGAGGUAGCACUGUAUUGACAUAUGGCCUUUGAACUUGUUAUCUUUCCAGCAUAUCUGCAAGCAGGGCACUAUUCUUCCAACAUGACCAAAAAUAUAUAUAUAUUUUAAACUAUAUGAUUUCUUUAUUCCCACCCCCCUUUCUCCCCAAGGUAUAUUGAGCUAUAAUAACUCUGCCAGCUUUUAGCUAAUUUUUCUACAGCUUUUCCCUCUGUGCAGUUUUCCCAAAAGGGAAUAUAUGGUACUGCUCCUUUAAAAGCCUGGUGCCAACUGCACCACAGCUUUUUGCCAGUUCAUCCAUAAGAGACAAUAGCACCAGCUGUAGAGGGAGCUUAUCUUCUGUACAAAUGGUAACAAAUACGCACUUUGGGGUGGGGGCGGACAGAGGCAUUGACUAAAAAUAGCAAGUAAGCUUCAUCUGUCUGCAUUCAGCAGGUUUUGGCCAUACAGAGCCAACACCAAUAUUUUAGAUGAGUGUUUCCUCCCGCCCCGCCCCCCGGGAUAAGAGUUUCUGUAGAAAGAAGAGGGGCAGGGUAUAAUACACUUCUGAUAGGAAAGCUUUGAUUUAGGGCUGGAAUGCACAAUGUAUGGCACACGCCGUUGUGAAAUCCAUGAUACUGUGCAUUCCACUCUUAAAUCAAUAUAUAUUUAAUUCUGAUAUUCCAUCAUGGGCAUGUCGCCAUAGUUAAGGUGUGAGGUUGGGUUGCCACAUAACACUAAAGCACAAUUAACUGGAAUUUAUUCCUUCAUUAUCCUACCUUUCCUUCAAGGAGCUCAAAGUGUCAUACAUGAUCCUCCUCCCCCAUUUAUCCUCACAUUUUAUCCUGGUAGGUAGGUUCAAAUGAGAAACUGUGAGUGACCCAAGGUCACCCAAUGAGCUUCAUGGUUGCAUGUGAACCAGGUCCUGCUCCAACACUCUUCUCCACUGCACUAAACCAUGGUUUCAUGUAAUGUGUGAGCCAGGUCUCUGCUCUGUCAUUCACUGAUACAAGCUGUAGGGUCUUCUUCAUAGUGGUGCCCACUUUUUGGAACUCACUUCCACGGAACCUCCCAGGCUGUUCUUCUACUUCUUCUUUAUCAGCAGGUUAAAACAUUCCCUUAACAACAUAGUUUUUAAAGAACUUCCCCAGCCACUGAAUAUACCAGAUUGUUGGUUUUUUGUGGAUUUCAUGAGCUCAUUGUUUGGUUCCGUAUUAUUAUUUUAGUUUGUUUGGGUUUGUCCGUCCCCCACAUUUUAUUAGUGGUACCGGCAAAAAGAAGAAGCUGAUAAAUGCAUAUAUAUAUAUUUAAAGUUUCAAGAGCUUUAUUUCCUUGAUGUAAAGUUGUUAUGUUAACAAGUCUAUAGAUAUAGUGUAGCUUGUCAUAUGAUAGUAACCAAAUGGAGACUGGGCUACAUAGUGGGUUGUUGUGCAUGUCUACUCAGAAGUCAUUCCCACUGAAUUCAGUAGGAAUUACUCCCCCAUAAAUUGGUAAAGUUUGCUGCUUUAAUUCUCUAGAUUUCAUUCUAACUUUAAUUCCAUCCCUCUCAGAGUAUUUUCGAAUUCUAGCUGAUCUACAAGGUAGCUAAUAGGUUUUUUUUGUAAAUCUAAGAUUAUUACAACUAGCACUACUUGUAUUUUCCUGCCCUGUUUCCCAAAUGUUGCAUAAUGACAUGGAAGGAUGUGAUACACCUUUGCAAUAUCUUAAUUGCCUUUAAUACACCCUGGGCAAUAAUUGGUUGUAAUACUAUAACAGAAGUAAGCAAAAUUCAUUUAGAUGGGGCUUAAGCUUUUCUAUCAGCUUGGAAGCCACUAUUUUUUGUGUUGCACUACCUCUGGCAAACCAAAACAUUUUUAAAUGAGUUUAUACAGAAAGUAUAUAAACAGUAGAACAAAGUUAAGGAUAGGUACAGAAAAGAGUUGGCCUAAAAACUAGAUAGAACCUUUAGUUAGGCAAGAGUAUUGAACACAAAAUUUUCUGGUAUAGUUUUAAAAUAAAUGGCAGCUGUUCCUCAAGUUCUUAUCCAACUUAAGCUAGAUGCAUUACCAAACAGAUGCUGAUUGUCCUCAUUGCUGAUAACGUAUUUGCUUUGUCAGGUUUAUUUAUGAAACAGAACAUCACAAUGGCAUUGCAGAAUUACUGGAAAUAUUGGGAAGGUAAGCUGCUUAAUAGUUACGCAUCAUAAUGUUACUAUUUGUGCUCUAAAGCAGAACGACUUUCAAAGAAAGUGAGGGUGGACCUUGGAUUGGAAGAAAUUGGUACAAUUUGUACAGCUUAUCUUGGUUUGAAAUGAAGAAGAUAAUCGUUAGCGCUUACGGGGUGAAAACAAAAAAUGUGGCAGUACUUCAGGAUCAGACAAACCUGUCAAAGAAUUCCUGUGUAUUUUAAUACAUAAGAAUCUACAGUUUUGCUCUUGCUUGCAGUGUAAGUGAGCAUUGUACUUGGGUAUUCCGUAAAUUCAGAAUGAAAUUUGAGUGGAAAACAUGUCAUGAAACAAUAGAAUAAAAGUGAUUUCAAGAAAAGAUUUCACGAUGAAAAUGUAACAUAUUUUUAAAAACUAUGAUACACUAAAUCUCCUCUCCUCUUUUUUAGUAUAAUUAAUGGAUUUGCCUUACCAUUAAAAGAAGAGCACAAAAUUUUCCUUCUAAAGGUAUUAUUACCUUUGCACAAAGUGAAAUCACUGAGUGUCUACCAUCCACAGGUAAAUGAUUCCGCGUUUGAAUUUUGUUUAAGAGUGUUGAUUUAAUAAUUUACAAACUAAUUCUGAGUAUAUAUAGGAAAAUGAUAAAAUUAACCAAAUGUUACAGAAAUGCCACCCUCAUUUACAAAGUCCGUUGUUUAGCAAUAGGUAUGAUUUUGUUGUAUAUUAGAAGCCUGAUACUGACUUAAAUUAAUGUCUGUGUAUUUUGGUUGCUUCUGAAAACUGUUAAGGUGGUUGGAAUGGCUUUGUUGCAUUUUGGGCUCACUUUAAUUUCACAGUGCUGUAGCAGGCUCUGAUAAAAUAAAUGAAAGAUCUAUCAUGCUACUAAACUCCCAGGUGUGCUGCAGAACUCCCCCAUCCUAGUGUCCACAAGUAGCUGUCCAGAAGAGCUUUUUUUAUGAAUGGUGAAUUGGCUUUUGCCAUCUGGCCAGGAGAGUGUGGCUUUGGCAUCUUUUGCAAUGUUUUGUGUGAAUUUUGCAAGAUGCUUUAGGGAUAAAAUUGCUCAACUUCAGCCAGAAUUGGAUUUCACAUUUAGAAUGAUGGUAUCAGAUGUCCCACUUUAACUUGGCCUUUGACCGUUAACCUACUUGCAGCUUCUUUGUCUGUUCUUUGAUAUACAGGCGUUGACCAUUUUGUACAGGGAUUCUGUUCCUGGAACCUGCAAGCGCCAGCAGAGCGUGCGUAAUCCUGCCCCGUUACGCCCCUGUUUUAUCAUCUUCCAGGUCCAAACGGGGCACAAGCAUCAGUGGUCGCAUAUCAGCUGAAUGCGUACAAAAUGGUCACUGCCUGUAUAUUGUUUCGAUUUUGUUUUGGAGUGGUUUUAUUGAAUUUUAAUAUCAUAUGACUGUAUUGUAGUAACCUGCUCUGGAACCUUACGGUCAAGGCUGGGUAGUAUUUAAUAAUAAAAAAAUUAGGUUAUGGAAUGAACUUCCAGGUAACAUUCACCAGGCUUUGUCUCUCCUGCCUUUUAAGGAAAAGAUAAAGCUAGUAUGUUAAAGGUUUUUGAUUAUAAGGACAUCCUGAGUGUGGCUUGCUUUCAUUCUGAGAUAUUCUUUUUCAUUUUACUUGGGUGUUAAUAUGCCUCUGCUCUGCUCCCCCUCUCAACUAGAGCAGAGGGCACUCAGUUUUCCUCCACAUCACCCAGUGGGUAGGAUAAUCUGACAGAUGGGGUAAAGGGGAAAUAAGUGAUUGGGGAGGAAGGUGAACAAAAUAUCUUUCCUCUUCCCACUGCCAUUGCUAGCGAAACAGAGUGCUCCAGAAACAGGAAGGAAUAAUAGAAUUGUAGCGUUGGAAGGGACCCUGAGAAUAAUCUAGUCUGAAAAAUUCAGGAAUAUGCAGCUGUUCUAUAUGGGGAUCAAACCUUCAACCUUGGCAUUACCAGCGCCAUGGUAUACUUACCUGCUUCAGUUCUGUGAGUGGGUAGGGCUGUUGAUUAUGCUUCUGCUGAACUGUCUUUGUUGGUGUAAUGCAAUUUUGAAUCAUGCUUCAAUCAAUUGUUAUAUGCUUCCAUUGUGUGUGUCCACUGCUUUUAGAUCCUGCGGAAUGAGGAGUAGUUUAUAAAUGUAAAUAAUGUCCCCACAGCUGGAAAACAUGAGAGCACUUCUUCCUGUUUCUAGAGCACUCCAAACGGCUAGCAGUGGUGGGGAGGGGGAAGGAAAUCUUCUUCACUGGUGCUGCAAGGAAAUUGGGUCAGGGUUGACAAGCCAAAUGAAAGGCACCACCUUUGCAUUAGCAGAAAGAGAGAAGUAUUUUCAUUGAUUUCCCUUCUCUCUGCAGCAGCUCCCUCCACCUCACCCCCCAAUUUGCUUCCAAGGGCUCAGGGGCCCCUUUGGAACAAUGCCGUAGGUGGCAUGGGAGGAUGGAGGAAUGUACAAAAAUUGCUUCUCCUCCUGUGCCCCUCACCCCAGCUGGUGGAGGCCUCCUCUGGAUCAAAGAGCCUUCCUGUUGGUUGAGGGACACAAUUGCAAACCCUAUGUUUCUAACUUUCAAAAUACCUCCAUCAGCGAGGCAAGUUUAAAACGUUUAAAAUGAAUAGUUCCAGCAUGCACUUUUCAGCUGCGGGUUGAAAUGCUGCUUUGUAGGUGUGUGCUGUGCUUCUUUGGGUGUCUUCCCCUCCCUCCUUCUACAGUAAACAACAGACAUAGUAUUUUUCCAUCUACCAGGAAGCAAGGUGGUGUGUGUUCUCUCUUGCGCAGACACAAAGAGCCAUCUGGAAAAGCUCAACUCUUGUUUGAGCAACAUUGUAGACUAUUAUAGCUACAGUGAAGAAUACACAGCUGCCUUUUGCUGGAUGAAUCCAAAUUCAAAUAAAGCGCACAAUAGGCUACAGACCCACUGAUUUUAGCCUAUAAAGUUUAUCACUUGCUUUUUGCCCCUCAGUUUCAUUUAUCCUUUCUGAUAAAUGCUCCUAGAAUAGUAGAAGAGACAAUAGUAUUCAGUCCUCACUCCAAGAGCAAGAGUGGAACUUAUUCUAAGAAAUUGUGAAUUUGCUUAUUUUUUUCUUAUAGUGAAUUAUCAGCUCUCACACAUCACUGCCAAUGAGGGCCGCUGUAGCUGCAAACCUUUGAUGCCUUUCCCUUCAAUUAAUUUUAUUAAUUGUACAAAAUGUUGCUUAAGUUUUUAGUCAUUGAUUGUGUUUCUGGAGGCCUAUGUGCAGUUACAGCAAAACCGAAGCUUCAUGUCCCAGUGUUGCAUACAAAAACUGCUUGUCUGAUUUCCAUAAUCAUUCUGGAUCUGACAGCUGCCCCAGGUUAAAAUUAUUUUACAAAGGGAUAGAAGUUGUCAAAAAUAGUAUCUUUUUGUGAGUUUGAAUUUAGUAGUGUUGAAGAGGGCAAGUCAACAGUAUGGUUUACUUGCUGAAUAAAGAAAUAUGGAAUCUGUCAAAUAUUCCCAUAGAUCCCGGUUAACCUCAAGAUAGCUAGGGUGGUGGUGGUUGGUUUUCCUCCUUCCCUCCAUAUUUCCAAAGAUUUUGUCAUUAGAAAUAAAGAAGUGCCACCUCAACAAAACGUUGCAGUGUGGAGUGUUACAGUUCAGUGUAAAUAAGCAGGUAUAGAAAACUACUUGUACAAUGGACAUUGUUGUAUCCUACCUGAAUAUCACAACCCAAGUUCUCAAGUUCACAGUUAAACUGUUCUUCUAUAACCUACUUUGUGAGCCUUAUUUGUAAUCUUAAGUGUUGUUGAGGUUUUGCAUUUUGCAAUAUAUUUUGGGUUUCAUUCACCAAAAAUGAACAUCCAAUAACAACAAAAUGUAUUUGACUUCUGUAUAUAUAUAUAUAUUUGGUAGCCUAACAAUGUUACUCUUUCCCCUCAAUUUAGCUGGCAUACUGUGUAGUUCAGUUUUUAGAAAAGGACAGCACGCUUACUGAGCCAGUAAGUUUAAUUUCUUUUCUUACUUUUAAAAAACAUUUUUAAAAGUUUUUACCAAAGUAUUAUAAUGGAAAUACAUUUGAUUGAUUGCAGGGCAACUACCUUGUCCCCUGAAAUAAGUUAUGAAUUGGUACAAUGUUCUGCUUGCUAAUCAGCUGAUUGCAGUGACAUCAAGCUUCCCUUGCCAAUACAAUCAGAAUGCAUUUUAAGAUUUACAGUCAUGCACUGACAGACCCAUCUCUACCUGCCAUCGCAUAUGAUGUCAGGUGUGGAACAGGUGGGUGUGGUUUGGAGAAAUGACCUCAUGGGUCAAAUUGAGACUCAUUCUGAGUCUAAUUUGGCACACUGGCCAGAUGUUCCCCACCCAUGUCUAUCUAUUUGCGUUUUCAGUUGGAAAUGAAAAUAGUGUGAAUAGUUUUUCAAUGUGCUUGUAGGAGACACUGAAAAACAUCAACAGAUGUAUUUUGUCAUGCAGAUAUUAGCUACGAGUUUAGUGUGUGCUUCCUCAUCUCUUAUUAAGAACAUCAGUGAGUGUCAUAAAUAGUAAAAUCACCUGCUUAACCAGAAAACAUUAAAAUCUGUGUUUGUUACUUGGAGGUAACAAACUUUGACCUCUCCAGGAUCUCCAGUCACUAUGAGCACAUUCUUCAUAAUCAGCAUGACUAUACAGAAAAACACAUACAGAAAAACAUGUGCAUGAGAAAUUUCAAACAAUACUGGAAAAGAUGUUGUUAUUUUGAGAUCAUUCCUCUUAAGAAUUACUUAAACUUUCUUCUAUCCUGUUUGCAGAGGGUCAAAGUGUUUUAAAAACAAAAUCACAUUCAACCUUCAUUAACAGUUUUUAAUUCCAAAGUAAAACUAUAGUGCCUGCCAUUAGUCAAGAAACUUGAGUGUAUAUUGUUGUUACAAUUAUUUCAUAAUGGUGGCAGUCAAUGCAAGCAAUCCAUGAUAAAUCACUGGACAGAUUUAUAAUGCCCUGAACAUUCCCUCCUCCCUCUUUUCUUUACAGGUGGUGAUGGCACUACUCAAGUACUGGCCAAAGACUCACAGUCCAAAAGAAGUUAUGUUUUUAAAUGAAUUAGAAGAAAUUUUAGAUGUUAUUGAACCAUCUGAAUUUGUAAAGGUUAUGGAACCUCUUUUCAGGCAGCUAGCCAAGUGUGUCUCCAGUCCACAUUUCCAGGUUGGUAAUUCCAAUAAAUGCAGUACUGUAAUUAAGUUUGACAUUUUGACAUUACACUGCAUUAAUCACUGCUUAGUGGAUAUGUUAUAUCCCUUCUAAAUGGACCACCUUUCAAUAUGUUGUUAGGCACAAUAUUUUAAGACCGGCUGAGAGCAGGAGAGGAAUAAACUCAGCUACUGCAGCUGUGAAGUCUCCUCUCUAUUAUCAGUAAACAAAAGUACAGCUAGUCUUUCUGUUGCUUUUGACAGUACCAGUUUGGGUUUCUUGUGGAUGCUCACACAGAAAGCAUAAAAGUGCCACCUUCGAAGCUAAGGAAGCAGCAGGCUGGGGAACAGAAGAGCUCAAGUUGAGAUGGAAAAAGGAUUCUCUGCUUCCUAAAAUGAGAGAACUGUAUAAAGUGUACAGUAUGUUAGAGUUGUUGAAUGGUAAAAUGCUCCCAUGUCUCUCACGGCCUAGGACCCUCGUACCUACGGGACCGCCUCUCCCGUUAUGCCCCACGGAGAGCCUCAAGGUCCAUAAAUAGCAACACCCUAGUGGUCCCGGGCCCUAAGGAAGUUAGAUUAGCUUCAACCAGAGCCAGGGCCUUUUCAACACUGGCUCCGGCCUGGUGGAACGCUCUGCUUCAUGAGACCAGGGCCCUGCAGGAUCUGAUUUCUUUCCGCAGGGCCUGUAAGACAGAGUUGUUCCGCCUGGCCUUUGGCUUGGAGCCAAUUUGAUUCCGUCCCCCUCUUUCUUUUUUCUUUUUCCUUUCUCCUCCUGUGAUGAGGCUGCAUUUUAAUAUUGUAAUGUUUCAAUAUUUUAAUGUUAUAUUUUAAUCUUCUUUUUAUGUUGUAUUCAUUCAACUUGUUUUUAUUACUGUUUGUUAGCCGCCCUGAGCCCAGCCUUGGCUGGGGAGGGCGGGGUAUAAAUAAAAAUUAUUAUUAUUAUUAUUAUUAUUAGGUGGCAGAACGAGCACUAUACUACUGGAAUAAUGAGUAUAUUAUGAGCUUAAUCAGUGACAACGCAGCAAAGAUUUUGCCCAUCAUGUUUCCAUCCUUGUACCGAAAUUCAAAGACACACUGGAACAAGUAAGUAGCCAUUGAGAUAUAUUGCUUGAUGCCCUAAAGUCUGGCUCUGUUCAUGUCACAGCAUUUUUAUAGAAAUAUAAAUCUCAAUAAAGUUUGUGUGCUGCAGUUUCCUCAUAGAUAUACAAGAUUGUAAUCGGUCAGACGUAUUUCUCUCAAGCAGGUUAGGUGACGGUAAAUGUCACAUCACAAUAAGGAGUUAAGAAAGAUUGAUUGGGUAGGUUCUUCCAUAUCUAUGCAGAGUUCUCAGGCACCCGUCCUUAAAAUCGCUGUUCACAAACCAGCCUGCCAUGUUGAUGCCACACACAAUGGCAUAGUGGGGCAAGUCUGGUUCACAGCCCUCCCACCCUGCUGCAUACAUCAGAGGUGGGGAACGCUUUUGCCUCCAUGGGCUACAUCCUUCCCGGGAUAUGCCUUGUAGGCCAGAUUUGACAGAUGGGUGGGGCUGUCCACCUGUCAAUCACCUGGAGUCACAUAUGUGGGCCUGGAAGUCCAAAAGUCGGAAUGUCAGUGCCCCUCACAUGCAACAAGAUGCUUCCAAAAGGAAGUCCCGCCCUCCCCAUGAUUUUAGCAGCUUCCACAUGUAGUGGGGCUUCCCUCCUCUCCCCACACCCCCACAAAAUUGGCUCUGUGGGGGUUCAGUAGAAACCCAUAGAACACCACACAGUGGGAGGAGAAGGGGGGAUUGUUCCAUCCAGCAAGCUUGAAAUGUUUGCCCUGGGGGAGCUAAAGUAAAGGGACCCCUGACUGUUCGGUCCAGUCGCAGACAACUCUGGGGUUGCUCAUCUCACUUUACUGGCCUAGGGAGCCGGCAUUUGUCCGCAGACAGCUUCCAGGUCAUGUGGCCAGCGUGACUAAGCUGCUUCUGGCAAACCAGAGCAACGCAUGGAAGCGCCGUUUAGCUGUGGUACCUAUUUAUCUACUUGCACUUUGACGUGCUUUCGAACCGCUAGGUUGGCAGGGAUUCGAACCGCCAACCUUCUGAUCGGCAAGCCCUAGGCUCUGUGGUUUAGACCAGAGCGCCACCCGCAUCCCCUGGGGGAGCUAUCACCUGUUAAUCCCUCACUAUGAAUUGUAACCCAUGAUCACCAAUUGACUCCCAGUACGUUUCCAAGCACAAUUGAAAGUGUUGGUGCUGACCUUUAAUGCCCUAAGCAGCCUUGGCCCAGUAUACCUGAAGGAGUGUCUCCACCCCCAUUGUUCAGCCCAGACACUGAGGUCCAGCUCUGAGGGCCUUCUGGUGGUUUUCUCACUGUGAGAAAUGAGGUUACAGGGAACCAGGCAGAGGGCCUUCUCGGUAGUGACGCUUGCCCUGUGGAAUACCCUCCCAUCAGAUGUCAAGGAAAUAAACAACUAUCUGACUUUUGGAAGACAUCUGAAGGCAGCCCUGUUUAGGGAAGUUUUUAAUGUUUCAUGAUUUAUCGUGUUUUUAAUAUUUUGUUGGGAGCUGCCCAGAGUGGCUGGGGAAACCCAGCCAGAUGGGCAGGGUAUAAAUAAUAAAUUAUUAUCAUUAUAAGUUUAUAUUAUUUCCCCUCUUUUUCCUCUUUUCCUUCUUUCUGCAUUUCUGUCCUAGUUGGUUGUAUUUUCAUAUAGCAUGUCUCUCCUUUGUCAGUUUUCAUCCACACAGUAGUUUAGAAUUCUAGCAUGAACCUGUUACUAGCCACCUUGAUUCUGCAACUGCUAUUUGCCUAAAGGACCUUUUAACUGAGCUACUGUGCGAAUGCUGGAUGUCCCAUAGCCUGAUGCUGGUGGCAGACUAAUGACUACUGGUAGAGUAGCCAACAAUGCAUGUUAAAUCUGCACAGUGAAAGAAAAUGCUGAGUAGACAGUAUUAAAAGUUGAUUUACACUAACUCGAUGUCAGUAAUCCAUUGAUACAUUGGUUUUAAAGUAACAUAGAUUACUUCAUUGAAGAUUUGGCAGUCUGUAUUUUUUUCGCUUCACCACUUGUGGCUGUCUCUAGUCAUUCUGUCCUAAGCAUGAGUAAUAUCACUGUGCUCAGUCACAUACACAGAGUAUAUGGCACACCUUUGUACGUGUUUAACUUGCAUGAUGCAAGGAGCCAUAAAACUGGUUUGACUUUUGUAUCUGAUGGCCUAACAUGUGAGAGAUUAUUUUUGCAGAAUAACUUAACUUCUCUGGCAGGGAGUGCUGCCUAAUUCAGGUGACGAGCUUUUACUUUCUAACCCCACCCCCAAUACCAUUUUCUGAUCUGCUAAUUUUAGCUUAAGAUAUGAGCUGAUAGAGUAACCAAAAUUCUCCUACCACUGCCAGUGGCUGUAAUCUAUCAGGAAAAUUACCUUGUAGAGACACUACAGCUGUGCUCAGGAAACAUUUUAGCCCAGUAUGUCUGCAUAAUGUUGCAUAAUUUUCAUAUCAGUUGCUAGAAACAUGUUAGAUGUAGUAUGAAGUAUUGGCAGUGUUCUUACCUCUUUUACUGAGGCUUCUGUUACUGCGUGGAAUUUUGUAAUAUGGACGGUUAAUGUUAAAAUUGCUGGAAUUAUAGCAUUGAUAUUCAAGAGGAGAGCAAUACAACAUCUAAAGAGUGCUUGUUUUUUGAUGCUGAGAAGUUAUAAUGCAUACUUUAGCUAAUGGAAGCAUCCAGUGACUAAUUUCUGGUUUUUAUGGUGUGUGUGUGUAUUUUGAAAUAAUCAAACUUCCAGAAGAGAUAUUUUGUAAUUAUUACUUUUAGAAGACAUCUGAAGGCAGCCCUGUUUAGGGAAGCUUUUAAAGUUUAAUAAACUAGAGUGGCUGCGGAAACCCAGCCAGAUGGGCAGGGUAUAAAUAAUAAAUUAUUAUUAUUAUUAUUAUUAUUAUUAUUAUUAUUAUUCUGAAGCAAAAAAUUUACUUUAUAGGACAAUACAUGGCUUGAUUUACAAUGCUCUGAAAUUAUUCAUGGAGAUGAACCAAAAACUGUUUGAUGACUGCACACAGCAAUUUAAAGCAGAAAAAGUUAAGUAAGUUUCCUCUUGAACAUCUUCCUUUUUCCCCCUUUCAUUUUGUUUUCCACUGAUUUAUUAGAAUAAGCACUAUCACUUCUAUUUAUAUAUAAAAACAAUAACAACUGUUUAGCUCCUUGAAAAUGUUCUCUUCCUGCUAUUAUCAUCAUGAUUGGUUUAUAUUGCCCACCUGUAUAUUGUUUCACAGUGCUUACUUGAGCUGUGUGAAACACCUUAAUCUCAAUCAAAAAUGGGCUGAUUCACAAUUCACCGUCUUGUUUUGGAGAAUACUUGGGGGAGGCUUGAGCAAUUUCUGGGAUUCAUCCAGAGCUCAAAAAGGCCCGGCCAUAGGAAACACCUCUAUCAUGAGAUUGCAGAGUGUCAGUCCCUCUCCUUCCUUUUCUACACUUCACCAGAUUAAAAAUUCUGGAGGAGAAAGAGUGGAAGCCCCACAAAAGCCAAUGGCUCUCUGCCCUAAAUGUUGCUGAGCAUUCUCAGCAAUCCCAUUGUCCACAGAAGCUCUGGGAACUUCAUUCAUGUUCCUCCAGGAAGAACAGAGAAUUUUAUUUCCUGGAGUAAGCAAAAAUAUUUAUACCCUGCAUUUCCUCAUAUAUUUCAAGGGGCAGCUUUGAAAUGGGAGAGGGGGCCAUAUUACUUGUGCCCGGUGCAUAAAGAAGAAUGGGAAAAUUGCACUUCGCAGAACAGAUUAAGCAACCCUCGGUUUUACCCAUAGCUGCUAUAUUCUCUCCCUCCCAAGGCUAGCCCUAUGAUGAGGCAAGGUGAACCCCACUGCCCACGAAGCUGCUUGUCACUGCCUAUUGUGCUUUUAUAUUUGUUGGAAGCUGCCCAGAGUGGCUGGGUACAAAUAAUAAAAUUAGUAUUGUUCCUGCCCACCAUCGCAACCAGCCUUCCACUACUGCUGGUCACCAUGGACCACCACCACCACAAGGCAUUGAGUGGCAGUGCUCUUAACAGCAGGUCUGUCCAGAGCAUGGGUCUCAACACUCCUCAUCCUGAGGCUUUGUGUGUGAAGUAGCCACAGAAAUUUGGCCACCAGAGUGCCAUCAUUUUGCCAUAACAGCAGCCAACACUACACAGAACCAGUCUGUUUAAACAAUAUUUACCAUCGUUUCAGCUAAGUGGUGGCAUAGGCAAUCUUUGUGGUCACUUCAAACCUAAUGCCUCAUUCUGAGGAAAAACUACCUCAGGCAGGGCACAGUGUUUCACCAGCCCUACACAAAUACACACCCCUUCAAAAUUUGGUUAAGUGGGGUGGGAAAAGAUAUUUCCAGCCAUGGCAAGGUUUGGAGUGGGGUUGAGCUUGUCUUGUAAUGACUAAGGGUUUUCUGGUAUGUGGAGGAGUGGGGAGAGGAUCAUUUCUGAAAUUAUUUUCUAACCCCAAUAUGUACUAUUCAUGCUAUCUUACGGCUGCUGUUUAACCUUCUGUUAUAUUUAAAUAUAUGUCCAACGUUAAACAAGUAAAUACAAAAAAAACCCCUGUCCUUUUCUGUAGUAUCAAAAGCAAUUUAGUAAUCUGAUUUAUUUGAAAAGUUCAUUGAGCUUUUUCUGUGACGUGUGUGGGUUUUUUCCCCUAGGGAGAAGCUAAAAAUGAAGGAACGGGAAGAAGCUUGGGUUAAAAUAGAAAAUCUAGCCAAAUCAAAUCCCCAGGUAUUUCAAAAACGUUCAGAGGCUGAACAUUUCAACUGUACAUUAGAUACUGCUGGAACAGUAAGGGCCACCAUGAAUGUAACAUUUCCUUACUCACAUUUUUUAAAGUAAUUAAAGAAGAUGACUCGGUGUGGCUGAAGUGUGCAUCUUUUGGUGGUUUCCAAUUGUCCAUGUGGCAAUAACAAAUACCACACAAUAGCCUGGUUGUUAAAAGCUCUUCAUUACAUGGUCAGUCUUUAAUAAAUACUUCUUCUAAGAGCUGUAGCUGCCACAGGUGAGCCAGAGAACAGUAUUCAUGUAUGAGCAAAUUAUUGACAAGCCAACAGAAUCCACUGUUUGUGUGUAAUGUUGGAAAAGUCCACGCAGAAAACAACAUACGUAAUUUCUGGGAUAAGUCCCAGGAACCUUGCAAGAUGCUGCUCUCAUACUUGUGACUCAUGAGACACCACAAAUGCGGGUUUAGGUGUUUUCCACAUACUUCUUAAGCGUCGCCUGAAAAAAACGUGACUAGCAAAAUAUUUAAUUAGAACUAGCCCUAAUAUCCCUUGCCUGUUGAGAUCAAGCAUGUGCCUUCACUGUACUCUUUUUUGGCACCUGUUUGGACAAGCUGACUCAGAUGCUUAGGAAGUUGAGGUCAUUUUUAAUCUGUUUUAGAAUUUUACCUUUUGUAUGUUUUAAAGUAGAGUUGUGAUAUUUUUUUUUACUCCUUUUUAUUGUUUUAUCAUUUUGUAAACUGCUUUGAGUAUUUUUUUAAAAAUCAAGUGGUGUACACAUUUUAUGAAAUAAAGAAAUAAUUCAAGCGAUACAUUAAAUCUGUAAGGGUGUUUUAAAAUGUCAUUGUGCCAGUGGCCUGUUGGCAGACUUGGUCACAACCGCUUUUGAGGUGUCUCCCCCACCCCACCCCCAAUCAAGUGGUAUAUAAAUUUCAUGAAAUAAAACAAAUAGAUUAAAAUCCCUCUGGUUCGUAUCCAGAGUAGCCCUUCUGUUCACCAAAGGGUGGGAGAUCCAGUAGAAGGAAGGAGGCUGAUUUCUCCAAUUCCCCCUGCAGCCUCUUACACCACUUCCCACGCUGUUCUGUAGGGUCCUCCAUCCCUCCUCCGUUUCAGGUUUUCAGGAGGCACAGAGCUGAAUUUGGAAUUGGCAGGAAUUACCUCUCUUCUGUGAGCUGAACUUCACUCAUGGGAUUGAACUGCAGCAAUAUGACUCUCUUUUAGCACAUCUACAGUAGAAAUUUAAACUAGUUUUCAAAUUGGUUUAAUUGGAGGUCAACAAGAAGGCGUAUUGGAAAUCUUUGUUCUAUAAAAAGAACUGAAAGUUCCAGAAUUCCUCAGUUAGGAAUCAUGACAAUUUAAACAGGUCUGAAAACUAUUUUAAGUUUUAGUGCAGACAUAUCAUUUGCUGAGCAAUUUUUUGUUGUUGUUGAAUGGCAAUCUGGUUUAAAUCUCCAGCUAACAUUGCAGUAGCUAUAGAGAAGAUUGUUAUUAGAAGUACAUAUUCAAAUAAUUUUAUUUGGAUGAAUUUGAGUAUGCUGCAGCAUUUAUUCUAUCAGAUGGCGUGUCUGAUGCGCCCAAAGAAUAAUGACAACACUCCCAUUAGAAAAGUUUAUUGAUUAAGACCUUACUGGGGUUGUACUUGACCCUAGACAUACUUACAGAGAAGUAAAUCCUGUGAAACUUGGUGGGAUUUAUUUCUGAGUAAAGAUGUGUAAAAUUGUGAAGGGAGUAAACUACGAAAGGAGUCUAGAAUCGGCAUUGAAGUUAGCUAUGCAAAUAUGGUCAGUCGCUACAACUGCCAUGGUUUUUGAGGCACAGAGGUGGUCUUCCUACAUAGAAAUAAACCCUGUUGAACGCUGUGGGAACAUAGAAAUUUGCUACCAUGAUACUUUUUUUUUAAAUAGACUUCUUUUUCAAAGAAUAUUAAGUAAAUUACCAUUGGUUUUGUUUUGCUUUGCAAUACGUUGCUUUAUUAAAUUACGUAAAAGAAGAUUUGGUGUGAAAGUACACCAAUGCCAAUGACUGAUUUCAGAAUUUGUAAUUCUUACACUUUUUAUAAAGUAAUCAUGCAUGCUGCUUGUGUGGAUCAGUUUGUAUAAAUAGUGGACCCAAUUUCAUAUAAACAUUUUGUUGUUCAGGUUAAUUUAGUAUCAGCGGUAAGUUAUUAUAAAAUGAAUUUCAUGCAGAAAAUAUAUUAAAGGAUUAAUUGGUCUGUUGGAUAAUUGUUCAAAUUAGUGACUUAUCUGAGAGCAGAUUUGCUGACUCAUAAAACUUCAUUGGCCCCGUUUGCACAUCCCAGUAGGCCAUAGUUCAUGGUUUACCAUGAUCUUGCCUGCUUUGUUGCUUCUGGAUAGCACUUAAGAGAAACAAACCAUGAUCCUUGGCUUACAGUUGCAUCCAAACUGGAUAUCAUAGUUUGUCUGGGUGAAACAAACCACACUCUCUGGUUUGGAUAUAAUGCUAUCAACUAUGUUUUACUGAGGUGCAAACAAGACCAUAUAGUCUCUUGAUUCAGGUAGGUAGCCAUGUUGGUCUGAUGCAAUUAAAAAAAAAAGCCCAGUAGCACCUUAGAGACCAGCUAGGUUUGUUCUGGGUAUAAGCUUUCGUGUGCAUGCACACAUGGUAUCUGAAGAAGUGUGCAUGCACACGAAAGCUGAUACUCAGAACAAACUUAGUUGGUCUCUAAGGUGCUACUGGGCAAUUUUUUUAUUUAUUUCAUAUAGCCUCUUAUUAUUGGUAAGUGCUGAUACCAAUAAUUGGGCUAAUGCAAAUAUUUUAGCAUGCUGGUCUUCUUUUCCUGGCAUACCUUUAGCCAUCAUUUUGUGCAGCGAUUGGUCUUAAAUUCUUCUACUAAAUUUUAAAAUGGUAGGUCAUCAACCAGUAAAAAGAUGUUUGCUCUAAAGGUUACUUUUGAUUGUAUCUUGGGUCCUAGGAGCUAGUUUAGGGUUUGACGGAACGUAGCUGACUGUUUCUCAUUUGAAUUUCCCAUCACACCAAUUUAGCGUGUCUAGUUUGGAAAUCCUUCAAAGUCUCAAAGGUGGUGCAGGAUAAGGGGGCUGGGUGCAUAAAGCCAAACUGGGAGAACCAUAUUGUUUCAUAUUUCCAUUGCAGAAACGUAAUAGCCCUUCUGGAUCAGAGCAAUAGUGCAUUAUUCAGCAUCUUGUUUCCCACAACAACCAGUCAGAUGUUCUGGGAAGCCUCACAAGUAAGGCAUUCCCCUUUAAAGCCAUUUAAGCUAGUGGUCAUAACCUCCUUCUGUGGCAGCAGAUUCCAUAAAUUAAGCACUGUGUGAAGUUAUUUUCUGUUUUGUUCUUUGUUUUUUAUCUCCUGCAAAUGGGUUUUAUUGGAUAGAACAACACAUUUUCUCCACCAUACACAGUUUCAAAAAACCUCAGUCGUGUCUCACCCUUAACUAACGGGUUUCAACACUGACAAAAUGAACCUUAGAUUAUUAUUUUUAUGCUCAUUUCAUUAUUUCCAUUGGACAUACGGCUUUAUUAGAUUUCAACAAGCAGUUUGGACUAUCAAAUCUCCUGUUUUUUUAAGAUAGAAGCUAUAACAGUUCAUGGUUUAAUCCAAAACUCGAUUUGUGCAACAAAAUGUGUAAAUUACUCUUAAUCAAGUGUGAGGGUAACAUUUCUGUCAGUAAAAUUGCUGUUGCUAAUCUUAAGCUUUGCCAUCGAAAAUUCUGACAUAAAACAUUUUGCAUUUGGUUAGUACUCAGUAUUUAGUGACACCUGUCUGGUGAGCAGUCCUGUUGCAAUGGAAACAGAUGGGCCUUUAAUUGAAGACUUGCAGGUGCUGAAAAAGGCAGUGAAAGAAGAAGCUUGUCCGGUAAGCACAUAGGAAGAAAAAUUAGCCUACUCGUUCCAAACUUGAUUUAGAAAUUACUCAUUUUGGUUAGUAGUUAUGCUUUUCCUCUCUAAAUGACAAAUUUGAAACGAGCAGAAUAAUUUUAGUAAUUUCUAAGUAGUUUCCUGUUGUCAGUAAAAUAGUUAUUGUAGCUGUUGACCGUGUCCCGUUGCAUAUGUGAGCAGUGAGAAUUUUUUGUCCUAUGUUUAUUAAGUGGCUUCAGAACCAUUAAAGUGAAGUGGGUAUUUCAACAAAUAUACAGUGAAGAGAUUGCUUAACAGAAACUCGCUUAUUGAAAUUCCAUGUUUUUUUAUUCCCUUGUCCCGUGUCUGCUGCCUGAGCACAAGACUGCUCAGCCCUGGCUUCCCUGACGUCAGAGGAUUGCCAGUGAGUCUUGAUGCCCUCUCUGCCAAAGCCACACUGAGAAAUCAACACACAUCUAGUUAUCAGGUUCCAUGAAUGAGAUGCCUGUGGUUGCAAUGGCACCCUUGGGUAUCUCCUGGCAUCCACAAAGCUUCUAAGCUCAUCCCCUAACUGCCCCUUUUUUCAGAAGGUGGUGAGGGUUUUCCUUGAAAAAUGCAGAGAGCUAAAGGGGAAAAUUGGAAGACUCCUUUCUGCUUCCUCUUUCAGCUCUGUGUGCUUUUCAAGACAAAGUGAAGUGACCAAGAGGGUAGAGGAAGAGUGAAAGGGGUGGGGGUGGCAUGCCACAGGCAUCAGGAGCCAAAGAACGGAGAAAAAGCUGUGUCUACACGUACAUGCUCACACACAUAAUGAAUUCAAUAAAAUGGAUCCAAUUGACAUUGCAGAAUUUUAAUAGGUUUCCCCUACCACUACCACCAUCGAAUCAAAGAUCACAUGUGCCUCCGUAGACUGAAUUGUAACCAUCACACAUCUGGUGGUUUCCAGUUCUGCCAGAACCAAAAAAACAUGGUUCUGCAGCACAGAUCCUCAUAAUUUUUUUUGCAAGGGAACAUCUCAAAAUUACCAUCUAAUUAUAGGCCACAUCUUUGUUCAUAGAUGUGUUAUGUGAUUUGUUGGUGGUUUGGUUCUCAUCCCGUGUUGAAUCAUGGAAUCUAUGCCUUGGGUAAAUGUGUUUGUGGUGCUGGCCACAAGGACCAGAUUUGUGAUCUUUACUGUGCAGUCUACCAGUGUGGUCUUUCAUUUGCUGGUGGGGAGGCAAAUUUAAGAGGAUUGGUUUUAAUUCUACUGGAUGCGAUUUUUACCCUUGGAAAAACAAAAGGGUGGGUGCAUGAAGACCAAAGAAGGAAGGGAAGCAAUCAGAGGUGGUAGUAUCCAGUGCACUCUCAAAAUUCCAGAUGUGCUCAGGCUCAAAAAAGUUGGUGACUCCUGGUUUAAACAGAGAGAUACCGCAUAUUUAAAUAUGGCGCAAAAGUUAAUAACAAUUGGUUUAUUAGAAGGCUUCCUUGUCAAGUAGAAACUGGUCUAGUGAGGACUUCAAUAUUUCUAGCAACAUACGUAUACUUCAGGGAGGUAGAAAAUGAUCAUUGGUUGUUAUUCCCGCUCCCUCUACCCCACCCCUCAGCAUCUUGGAUUUUCUAGUCCUGACCUAAUUCAGAUCCUGCCCAUGACUACUUACUACACAGGUUUUUGAGGCUAAAACCGCAUAAGGACCAAAUAAGGAUAUAAAUUCGUUCAUUCAGCCUUUAUUGGCAUAAUUUAGACAAUAAAAUCAUAAAAGAGAAAGAAGGAAAAAACCAUCCAUAAAACAUUGGCGAUCCAAACAUAUUAAACACGUAAAACGUUUAUUUCCUGGAAUAUAGCUGGAUGGAAGAACAAAGCUACUGACCCCAACCUCAUUAUCUCAAAAGUUUUGACAGUAUCUUACUCCAAGAAACUUGGUUAGUGACUGAAUGUAAAUCAUUAUAAGGGGGUGGACAGGUGCUCACCCCCAAACCUAUGUCACCUGUGUUUCUCCUUCCCCCAUUUCUGUCCCUGCAACCUGCUAUUUUUUCCAUCCUCAGUGUUGUUGUAGGAGCCUAUGCCUGCAUUUGAAAGCCUGGCUCACAGCUGCCAUAGCACUGCUAUGCAUCUCUCCAGCUGGCAAAACAGCAGAGUGCAAGGCCAUGGUCUUUCUCGCUGUGGGCCAAAUAACAGUAGGAGACAGGCAAGCAUAGUAUAGAUGUGUCUCCCCAAUAAAGAAAACCAUAGUGCUAUGUAUGGCAGCUGCAUAUGCAUCCAUGUACACUACUUCUGGACUUACUGACCUACUUGGGUGAGUAAUCAAAACAUGCCAUUCCAUCCAUUGUAGUGAUACACUGUGCUUCCAUGGACCUAUGGCUGACUCCUAGGAUGGUGCUGUCUAGGAUGGUAGCCGCACAAUUGGAAUGGGCACCUGUAGCCGAAAGAGGGAGUUGGUAGGACAGUUUGCUACACGACUGCUCACCAGGGGGCAUGGCUAUUAGCCUAAACAACUUAAAAAUGGUAUGCCUAUAAUGAUAGUAUGUAGUGACUGUUAAAUUUAUGGACUUGGUGGCUUCCCAAAGAACCAGGAGAAUCCAAAAAUGUAUUCAGAGGGGUGCCGUGUAUGGAUAAGCAUUGCAUCAACCAAGUCAUUCCAGCAGUAGCCAGGUUGUAUUGCCAACUUGCUCUCGUAAGCUUGCUAAUAAUACUUUUCUUCACCCAAAAAACCAACCUGUUGUGGAUUAAACCAUUGCAUUAAAAAAAAUGCAUUUUGAUUUUAGGCACAGAAGGAACAGAAAAAGGAACGUGUUAUUGUGCGCCGCAAGUCCGAACUGCCUCAGGAUAUCUAUACCAUGAAAGCCUUGGAGUCCCAUUGCCGAGCUGAUGAUCUAAUAACGCAUGAUGGGCAUUAGACUAUUCAAGUGAAAUCUUAUUUGGAGGAAAACCCUUUUUUCUGGACUCUGUUCCACAGUAGAGAACUUACUUUUUUUGUGCCAUACUGAUCAGUUACACACAAGUCAAAGCUUUUUCCCCAAUCCCAUUUCUUUAGGCAAUAACUUUGAUACAGUAUGCGCAGCUCAAGAUUAGUUGUUCAAACAAUGGUAAAUUAUCUGAUUCUAUAUGCAGAAUCUUGGGUUGACAAGUAUUAAACGAAGACACUUCCUUGAGGAUGCUGGCAUAGUACUAACCAGUCGGAAGCAUGCACUUUCCCCCCUCCAUAUUAUUACUGAGAGAAGAACAGCCUUGGCGCAAAUAAUCAAACACUGUUGCCACACAACCUCCCUAAACCUUUUUGGCUGCUCCACCUUCCCUCUUUUGUGCGGGGCAUGGAAAGCAGUUCUGUGUAUGGAAAAGCAUGAAACCAUAACGUUGAUCAUAUUGUUUGCAGUAUGUACACCUGUUAGACUACAGUCUGCUGCAGCUUGUGGUUCAUGUACAUCAUAUAUGUGCGGGCACACAAGAAAAUGUGUGUGUGACUGCACAUUCCUUUUUUCUUCUUCUUAUUUAUAUGGAACUGCUUUCUGUGUGGGCAAAGUGGCCUUGCAUGGGUUUUCCUAAUUGGAAGCUGCAGUACAGGAGUGCCUGGUAGGCUGAGGCCAUUUUCUUUCUAUUCUUCCUGUCCCCAAAGUUGGUACUGUGGCAAUAGUCGAGUUUGUAAAUUCACCGAAAACCUAUUAGGCAUUUUUAUAACACUGAAAAAACUUCCGGGGGGGGGGGGAAACAAACCUGCAUUACUGCCUUGACAAAUUCCUGGCAGCUUGGAAACACACACAGUUAAAUUGUUCUCUCAGUUCAGCUUACAGAAUGGCAAUUUUCAUGACAAUCUUCAAUCACGGCUAAUUUCUGGGAGCUCUGAAAAUUAUUUCAGAGAGAGGCACCCUCAAAGUACUUUAUAUGGAUUGAAGCCAUAUUUUCCAAUCUUUUAGCAUGUAAUAGAAGCUGAGUAUUUUGGAACUGACCUGCUAGAAAAAGAAUUUGUGUUCCUAAAACUGAAAUCCUGUCUGCCUUGAUUAGAAAUAAAUUGCAUUAAAAAAAAGAAAAAAUAAGUCAUUGCAUAACUCUUAUUUUGGUUUCCCCCCAAAAAAUAUUAUUUCAUUUACCAGAAUGACUUAAAUGUUUUUCUCCCUUACCUGAGUUUUUACUGCAUGGCAUAUUUUGAGCUCUAAGAGUUCUUUUUGUAGACAUCAUGAGACCAGCUAGCUGGAUACAUUUCUCUGGAUGAUAUAGUUUGAUGAGAGUGCAGCAUUAGUACCUUUUCAGAUUAUAUUUAAUAAGGCAACAGAUCCUCAUUGCAUUAUGCAUUUUUCAGAUGCCUGUCUUAAAAGCUGAGAAAUGAGUUACAAAAGUUCUGCUGUCAUAUUGUUUUCUGUGGUGAAAAGCACAUGUAAAACAUACACACCUCACAAGGAAAAAAAACUCAUCCAAGUUACUGUUGAUCUUCAAAUGCUGCUAUAUAGUCCACAAGAUUACGUGCAUGUUGUGAGCUCUUUUUUAUUGUUGUGGAUGGGAAAGCACGAAGAAAUUUUCUAUAUAUAUAGUGCUUUGUCUUCGAUAUUUGAUUUCUCUCAGGGUGGCCAGUAUUUUUAGACUUUUGUAUCCUGCUUAAGAGCUGGGUUUCAGUUGUGUUUUAUUUAGAACCAGCAACUUCUUUCUUUUGUCUCUGGCAGUAGCAAACAGUGUUUUAAUGUCUUGAUGCAGAAAAAGUUAAAACAUAUGUGGCUUCUUUAAAAUAAGUUUUUAAGGAAAUGAGGUAUCGUGAAUCCAUUAAAAUUAUUGUGCGAAACAGGCAGUUAUAGUAACCUUGUGCAGAUGUAGUGCCUGCUGUCUGGUCUCACUUAAAACAAAAUGUCCAAUAUUUAUUGCAAAAGCUAUGGGGAGAAAUCAUAUGUGGUGUGAUGGGAAUUAGUGGUAAGGCAGAACUAAAUUAAUAUAAAGACCACUCCAAGCUUCAAAUAAAAUACCCAUUCUGUGUAAAAACAAUUCCUGUUAAACUUGAAAAUAAAUAUGGUUUACCAUGAAAAACAAGUAAUUUAAAGCAGAUUAAAGAUGUCUUCCCUUUUUGAGGUAGGGGGAAAGGGUGCUUUUUUAAUUGCAAACGGCAACGUCUAUAUGUAUUUUGAUAUACCAUUGUUUGAACUUCCAUCUUUAGCUGGUAACCUGUCAAAUACCUUUUUAUAAUUAGGCUGUUCAGUAGGUUCAUGAAAGAGGUUUCUGGAAAGAAGCAUUCAAACUAAUGUUAUCCUCUGGGGGGAGUGGGAAAAUAUUGUAUAUCAAUGUUUGGUUGACUGUGUAACGCUCAACGUAUAAGAUCUUUCACUGUCUAGAUUUUAUUUUUUCUCUUUACUGAAGAUAAACAUUCACCAAAAAGCUAACGUUCUGGGAUAGGUAGGAAAAUUAUGCCAUGAAAACUUGCUCUUGAGAUUUUAGGCCAGUUGACAAACUUGCCUAAGCAAUAUUCUAAAAUUUAGCAGCACUAAUUGUUUGGCUUGUUUGUUAUCACCAUUUUUAUGCUCUGUAUAAGUUCUGUAUUAAAUUAUUCUAAAAACUAAUACAUCCAAAAUAAAAACGUGCAAAUAAAAUAUAGUUUUGGUGACUGUUGUUCUUCAUAAAGUUCAGUGUUAGCCAUCUUCCCAUGUUCUCCAAAAUUUUAUGCCUGUACAUCAGGAAUGUCAAAAAGAAUAUUACCAAGUGUCUUUUUUUGUGUGUGGCUUUAGUAUGGCUUCAUUUUAAUAUUGUACAUACAUUGUACUUUGUUUUAUUGUAAUGAGUAAUAAAAAUGUAGACUUCAUAUUUUGUACAGAAUGGUCCUAUGUACAGAAUAAAAAGUUCCUAGAAACAGCAAAAAAAAAUUAUAGGUAAGUGGCACAAUUUUUCUUUAUACUAUAUCUGUAUCUUUAUGCUUUAGUUGAAUGCUAUGUUCAAAUGUACCAACCUAUUUUUUAAUAUUUUAUAAUUCAGGUUUUUUUGUUCAGACAUUGUUUUAUGAAGAAAAACUUCAUACACCUGCCAUUUAAUAUGCUCUUUUAUCUAGUUUUUAAAUUCUAAAACUGGUGUAUUAUAUGGAUUAAAUAAAGAAGAAAUGGAAUUUUACCUGCUCAUCAUAAAACUACGUUUAACUUAAGGAAAGGAUCCUCCAGCAAGAGGGCAGAUUAUGUAGGUAUCCAAUAAAAAAACCCAUACAAAACAAAGUUUCAAUAAGGCCUUUUCAAUAAGGCUACAUCAUCUACAGAAGACUCAAAGCCUCCAAUUGAUGAAUUGCAAUUGAUGAAGCAGCCUAUAUAUAUGUGGUGGCCAGGAGAAACUGAUGAUUCCAUUUCUGUCCCCCUGACAAGUCAGACCUGUGUGUUCACUCUGCCCGUAAUUACGAAAGUUGCAUAAACUGUUGUGUGAAAAAAUAAGGUUUUUGAUAAUUGGGUUUUCCUAGUGCAAAACACAAAGGUUUUAGCACUCUAGUGUCUCCAUGCAAAAAAUGACUGCUACUCUUAAAGUUAAAACCAUAGAUAAUAAUCUCAUUACCUAAAAUUGAGAAGGAUUUUAGGAUUUUGUCUCAAUCUAUGCUUACUGAAAGACAAAUCCAUUUUCCUGCAGUUGUUAAACACUACUAAAUGUUGCAUACAAGCCAGAUGAGAUCCCUCACCUUUUGAUGGUGGCAGACAUUCUACUUGGUCGUGUGCCGCCCCCCCAAACUUUGCAAGUUUACUCUCAAAGUAGAAAACUUUCUUUAUAGGAAUUUCACUGAGCCAUGAACAGAGUGGCCAAUUUGACAGUACUGUAUAGUGUCAAAUUGACCCAUUUAAUAUCUUAAAUAACCCAAAGUUUGUCCACUAAUAUGUGACUCUUGACACAACACGCAUCAUGUAACCAUGCCAUGGGGUGGAAUUUCCUUCCUUUAGAAGCUGGACAAAGUCCAAGCCCCAGCAUCUCCCAGGUAGCCAAAAGAGCUUCCUUGGCUUUGAGCAGAGGGGGCUAAUCCGUUUUGGCUGGUGGGCUGCAUUCACUCCUGACCAACCCUUUGAAGAUAGUGUGUCAGUAGUAGGUGCUGCCACACCAGAGUCUUGCAUCAACACAAAAAGGCUGACAGCCCCCGCUCCUCAGCUGGUCCACAUCUCUUGUGCUUUUCUCGGUUUAAUGCAGAACCUCUUCCCAAUUUUCUGUGAUCCUCCACCGACCCACAGCAGAUCCUGAAGGUUGGAGCACCCUCAGCAACUGGAUUUUGCAUUGAGGGUCAUGCAGUACUGGAGUCUAUGAAAAUUGGGUGCCUUGCCUUACACGAAUGGAAAGCAAUUUCUUCCGGCAUAAAACCACCACUGUAUGCAGCUCGGCGCUCCGAAUGAUCAUGAUUCGUCUUGAUAGUAUGUCAGUACGCUGUGCUCUUCAGGACUACAGUCCAUUGUGUGUGGUUGCAUCACUACUUGGUGCUACAAUUCUGUAGUUAAAUGCUGAGACAGAAGGAUUAAAUCAUUCGAAAUAGUUACAACUGAAGCCAAGGGUAGCAGCAGGGUGGGCCAGCGUCCCACAAACUGACAAAUGAACCAAGGUGAAGUAUGUGAGCCGAUCUUCGUGGCGGGAAGAGUCAAAAUCCUAGCUUGCUUUCCUCCUGAAUUAAUGGAGAGUCAAUUCUUUCAUGGUACUCUGAAUCAAAGUCAGCACCUAGUAAUUGGUCCUGUAGACCUAAAGGGAUUUGUACUUUGAACAGCAGCCACCUAUGCUGCACGGUGUACAGCAGGGAGUUUCAGAAGUACAGUGGUAACUCAGGUUACAUAUGCUUCAGGUUACAGACUCCGCUAACCCAGAAAUAGUGCUUCAGGUUAAGAACUUUGCUUCAGGAUGAGAACAGAAAUCGUGCAGCAGCGGGAGGCCCCAUUAGCUAAAGUGGUGCUUCAGGUUAAGAACAGUUUCAGGUUAAGAACAGACCUCCGGAACGAAUUAAGUACUUAACCCGAGGUACCACUGUAGUUAAUGACACCUUAUGAGGGGCAGCUCUUCAAGCAACAGUAAAAAAUGCCAUUGUAAUACCAAGCCCGUAACAUUUGUUCAUGCAUCUCUUGGAUCGUUGUCCUAGUCAGGUAGAAGACCAGGACAUGAAGACUUGAAAGCAAUACAUGAACUUUACAGUAGGGUUUUCUGUAUCUAGUAGAAACUACAUUUUCUCUAUACACUUGGUUUGGAAUUUGAUUAAACCGAUCAGCUUUUGUAACAAAAAGCCAGUUUUCAUGUUGCAGGGCAUGAUCACAGCUAUGCAUCCUUCUAGUUGGCUGUUGCAUACUUGCAUUCAAACUUUAGUGCAGCAGUCCUCAAAUAUAGAUGAAGACCAAAUUAGGUGUAACAGCAAAGAUGCAAACCGAUUUACUGGGUGAGGGAAGCAGAGAGCAUGUUGCCAAGGGGUAAAGGUCUAUUAUCCAGAGAGAAACCUGGCAUUAAUCAUGAAAAAAUAAUGGUGCUUUGGGAUGUGGUCUCCUUAAAUAAUACAUUUCUCUUGUUACAUUAUGCCUUACCUCAUGCAACUGUCACUCAUAAAAAAUUAAAGAGAAAAAUGUUGCUGUGUAGCUAAGUUUAUUUUCUGUGUUUGAUAACCCUCGAGGCAGUAACAUAUAUCAGAUAGUUCUCUCUAGGCAUAAUGGUUAACUGCAAACGGAAAAGAAAUCGAGGCUGCAGUCCAUGGCACAUUUACUAGGGAAGAUUGAACUCAGUUUACUUCCAAGUCUUAAGCAUGCUUAGAAUUCCACAGCAUAUAUUAGAAUGCUACGACAUUGCAAGGGACCACAAGGCUAUCCUAGCCAACCCCUUUCCCUAGACAUAUUCCACUAUGGAGCAAACUCAACACAAAUUAAAUUCUGCAGUCCAAGCUGCACUCUGUUGCAUGCAGAAAACAGUCUUAUUCAAUUUUUGAAAUAAAACAAGGGAAAGCCACCCCUACCCUCACUGUCUCUUUUUAAUGGAAUGGCAUGUCUACAUUGUUGUGCCUUCACCCUUCUUGGGGAUAUCUACCCUUUAUACCAACAGGACGCAGGUGAUGCUGUGGUCUAAACCACUGAGUCUCUUGGGCUUGCCGAUCGGAAGGUUGGCGGUUCGAAUCCACGCAACGGGGUGAGCUCCCGUUGCUCUGCCCCAGCUCCUGCCAACCUAGCUGUUCGAAAGCACAGUAGUGCAAGUAGAUAAAUAGGUACUGCUGUGGCAGGAAGGUAAAUGGCAUUUCCGUGCGCUCUGGCACUCGUCACAGUGUCCCGUUGCACCAGAAGUGGUUUAUGCUGACGACAUGACCUGGAAAGCUGUCUGUGGACAAACGCCGGCUCCCUUGGCCUGAAAAGUGAGAUGAGCGCCACACUCCAUAGUCACCUUUGACUGCACUUAACUGUCCGGGGUUCUUUAUCUUUCUACCUUACCCUUUAUACCACCUUAAAAAAAGAAAAGAAAGUUUAUCCCCUUCAGUCCAUUUUUCCCCUGUAACAAAGCCAUGCAGAGAUGUUCAAAGAAGGCAAGGUUCUUUUAAUAAGUGGAAGAUUGGUGCACUGAUCUCUCAUGCUAAACUAAUUAGGGAGUAGUCCUCUGGCCAUGGCACUGAGACAAGAAUCAGAAAGCAGAGCAAAUUAAGGGCAAAAGUUCCUUAUAUUGUAUUUCUUUCCACUUCAGUAAGGUCAAGAGUGCUUCCUCCCUGCCUGUUCUCAUUGAAGAUCUUGUAGUCAAAACAAAAAGGGCCAUCACUGUGGACCUUUUGAGUUCAGGCAGUAGUUAAGUUCUAGAAAAAGAGAUGACAGCACUCAUGACCUUGAAAUAACACCCUUUGGUCCAGAAGCCCCUUCCCUCUUUUCAGCAAUGCAUGAGCUGCUUCUGUUGUUACUCAGUAGGGAUGGAGGACAGGUUCAGCUGCUUCCCUGGAUGUAUCAAUCUUGAACCCUGCCAUUGAAAUCACAUACUAGGUAGGACUGACCGUUGGGGAAGACCCAGUAGAGUUUUAACCAUGGUCUCACGGAAUCCAUGCUCACCUCUUCCACCCUGGUACACUUAACUAUGUAGCCUCUAAAAGAAGCCAACCAUCCCACAGAAAUGGCUGCCAUUAUCACAGAACUAGAACCACCAUUUGUUGCAACAAGUUAGUAGCUUGGGUUCAAGGGCCCCCAGCACGUUGAGGUUGUCUUCAGCACAAUCUUGGCAUGCUGGAAAGCAUUGUUCAUUCACAAGCUUUUAUUAUUUCUGCUCAAGCUGCUCUUUGGGAAGUGGUGUGCAGUUAUGCUGAGGUAGGUGCCACCACAGAGACUCCCAACAUGUCCAGGUCCCAAGCUGAAUCUACUGCAAUAAUUUGCAUGGGGAGGGCUGGGCAAGGCUUGGACACAUAGGCUAUUCUCUCUAUAGUCUCUCCAGCACUCCGGUGUUGGUUUCCAGAAAAUCCACUAGCACCGUGUGUUGAGGAAUGAAAUGACCCUUUCCCUCUUUUGGAGUACCGCUAUCCUGGAUGAGAGACGAGCCUUGAGCAUUCCUUAGCCAUAGAUACCAUCUUAAUUGCAACCCAAGACCAUCUUCCCAUCCACAGCUGAGUGUGUUCCAACUAGAAGGAAGACCUUGUUGGAGUUAGUGUUGUAGGGUCCUUGUGCUCUGACCCACCCCCUUUGAUGCAAGAGAUCCAGUUUGAACAUUCCCUAACAAAUUGCUUUGUUAUGCAGCACAAAGUUAAAACAUGGGCUCACACAAGAUGUAGCAAUGGCCAUUGACUUGGGACAGCUCUCAAAGAGGAUUGGGCAGGUGAUGAAGGCUAUCAAUGGCUGCUAGCCAAAAUGGCUAUGUUCUGUCUCUGCUGUUGGAGGCAGUAUGCCCCUGAAUACCUGUUGCUUAGACUCCCAGUUUGGAGAGAGUGCUGUUGCUCUCCGGUCCUGCUUGCGGGCUUCCCAUAGGUUGUCUGCUACAGGAAGAGGAUACUGAGACUCAUCCAACAGGCUCUUGUUAUGUGGCUGCCCAGCUGCUUCUGCUUUAAGACCUCCAGCAGGGGAGAGUCCGCUAUCCCUGUAUGGGCCAGGAUGGGAACCAGUGGCCCUCCAGAUGUUGCUGGACUAUAACUCCCAUCAUCACUGACCACACUGGCAGGGGCUGAAUAGGGUUCAGAAACAUUGCUGCUCUAUGAAAUCCAAUCCAUUGACUAUCUGCUCAUCCUCUAGAAUGGUAAAUCCUUUAGAUCAGUUUCCCAAACUUGGUUCUCCAGCUGUUUUGUUUGUUUGUUUGUUUGACUACAGUUCCCAUCAUUCAUGACCACUGGUCCUGCUAAGCUAGGGAUGGUAGGAGUUUUAGUCCAAAAACAGUUGGAGACCCGUGUUUGGGAAACCGUGCUUUAAUCUCUGUCCCUCUGGCCUCUUACUCAUAAGUAAGCCCCUCGUUACCCGUGCUUAAAGACUACAGCAAGUGGGCUGCCUCAUCCUACACGUGUUUACCCAGAAAGAAUUCCCAUAUUGUUUCCUAGGCGUCUUUACCAGCCCGAGUCUGCUGAGAAGACCACUCAUUGUGUCUAAGCCCCAUGUGAGAAGCGUGGCUAAGAUUGCAGUCGUUUUGCCUACUCAGCUCAAGUGGAGCUUGGUGCAGAAGGCCGCAGCGUUAACUCCUUAUCCGUAGCCGAAAAUAUCAGAAAUGCAUCACACUCGGCGCGCUGCAAUCCGGG